GAGCAACAACUUAGUGAGAUUGACACAGUAUGGAGAGAAGCUGACGCACCGUUAUUUACCGGACCGUUAACUCUCCUCCUCGAGCCUCUCCUCGAGCCAUCACAGUUUUCAUGCCGCGCGAGAUCAGGAGAAAACAAGCGAAGAGUUUUGGAAGAGUUUGAAGAGCCGUCAGCUCCUCUUUACUGCCUUUUCCCCUCUUUUUUGGACACUUUUACUGCGUUAUUACGCAUGACGCGCAAAGGGAUGGAUCCUCUUUGGAGACACAAAACGGGAGUUCAACGUGUGUUUUACAUUUAUCUUUCUAUUUCAGUGGCUUUUUCUUACAAUAUAGACUUUGAACAUCCUUUAGUGUUCCGCGGACCAAACUCUAGUUUUUUUGGCUACUCUGUGCUGGAGCAUUAUCAUGACAACACACGCUGGUGAGUCCGAUCAUGUAAUGUUCCUGCGACUGCUGUGUGAUGCAAUGAGUUUGUACUUUUGAAAUGUCAAAGUUUCUCCCAAAGCCAGUGAAUGUGAAAUAAUGUAAGGAGAGUUUUCCUCUGUUUGGGCAGCAGCUUUUUCUUCUGAUGAUGGAUUUUUCUUUUCGGUGAUUCUGUAAGCUGUUCUGUGGGUGAAUCCCAUCCUCUCCCCUCUUCUGGUGUCUGCAGGGUCAUAGUCGGGGCUCCGAGGGCAAACUCUACCUACAGUAGCUCUGUGCACUCUCCUGGAGCUGUGUAUAAGUGUCGAGUUCACAGCAACCCGGAGCGCCGCUGCACAGAGAUGGACCUGGGACGAGGUCAGUCACUGCCUCCUGCCUGCAGCAUGAAUAUAAAAGCGCAUAAGGACAUUUAUUAUAGGGGGAGUUUCUAUGCAGUCAAACACGACCUGAAAGGAGCAUAAAUACACACUCAUGUCACAGACACACACUCAUGCACACACUGGGCUUUCCUGCAGCUUUUCCUUGUCCUCUCUCAGCAUAAACUCCCCCAAGCAUCUGUUUUGUUUUAUCCGAAUAAUGCAGCUUUAUUCUGCUCUUAAACAGCGCUGAAGUUGUUCUUUCACUUCUCAACCUGUCCAGUGAGGACAUGUUAAAGAAAAGAGGGUUCUGUGCGCACAGGUCCAUAAAUAUUAUGAUACAUAUGAUUUAUGCUCUUGCUAAUAUUUUCCAAGCACGUGAGCCAAAGAGUUGAGCUCUGAACCCCCCCCUGAACUGAACCCUCGGCUCUGUUCUGGUGGUCAGGAGAAAGCCGGGGUGCACGCAUGGCUUUAAUAUUAACCCUGAGCUCAGUCAAUGUGUCACCAGAGAAUAAACAUGUGUGAUCACAGGGAGCGUGUCCGGCCUGCUGCUCAGUGAGGGGGCUGGAUGUACAACACACUGACACUCAGAAACACUCACUGAUACAUGCCAUUGUGCUGAAUCGACCGUCUUCAGGGAAAACUUUGGAGAAAACUAAAAGAAAAAGUGAUGACUAAGCCAAGGUUUUACUUUUUCAUGGUAACUUUUGUUUCUUCAACCCCUUCAUCAUGAAUACUCAUGUCGACUUCCACUGGAUUGAUGUUUCUGAUCUGUUAACGGCAUUAUAAAACAGUUUUAGAUGUAGUGAGGUAUAGAAUACGUUAUUUAGCUAAUUUCUACUCAUGCACUUUUGACUUAUGCAAACAUUUCUAGUCUUGGAUUGGAGAAAGUUAAAAAAGGUAUAUUCAGUUGUUUUUCAGUAUUUAAUAGGUGCAGAGCAUGCCAAUAUAAAAGAACAGGAUGUGAACAUGCUGAAGUUUGCAAGAAUGGAAAUUUACAUUUAAAGUCCUAGCUACAGCAGGUCACAUUACGAAUGAAAAUGCAUGGAUGGAAGAGGUCUAAUCCCAAGGUCUGAUCAACAAACUGCACACCUCUUCGUGUGGAAGAGACUUGGAUAUUUCAAGUAUCAUUCUGAUGCAUUGAUUCCCCAAAUUUUGUUGCAUUAAAUGUAAGAACUUUACAGAUCUAGCAAGAGGCAUUCAGAAGUUAAAGACGUCUCUAUAGAAGUUUAAGCUCCCUGAAUGUCUGCAGGAAAGUUCUUGCUGUUCUUGCAAAAUAAUAAUAGAUAGGGACAAUGUAAAUGAUAUAGUACCACUUAUAUCUGUAACAAUAAACCAACAGUAAGUGUUUUGCAUGAGUAGAUAAAAGCUUUUACUAUUUCCCAGCUCUGGUUUCUGGCACUAUUUUGCUUCAUGAUAAGACUGCAAAAAAAAAAAAAUUACUUCUGCAGAUUUUGGAAAGUAUUAAAAAUCAGUUUAGGUACAAGAAUUUUAUGAAAUGAUCAUAACUGAGCAAAUUUGAACUGGUUUGUUGAUUUUAAAAAGAUGCAUCAGGCUCAACACUGUGACACAAAAAGACAUAUGUGCAGAAAUUAUUGCAUGCAGAUGACACUGUACAGGUUCCUCCAUGCUUGCUGAGUAAACACCAGCAUCUUCGUUGAGCAAAAUGUCUUCUUAGCAAACAUGCAUGCAUAAAUUAGUGCGCAAUGAUGGACUAAUUUUAUGGAUUAUCCCUUUAUUUGCAUGACAUCCUUUCCAAUGAGGAAUCCUAAUAACUGAUCAUCAAACAUUCAGUCACUCACUCACUCAGAAAACAUGAAAAUAAUCAGCUUUCUUGGAAGCAUUUGUGUUAUUUUUCAUACAUUAGACUCUUAUUUUUCUUAUUUUGUUCACAACAGCGCUGAACUCUGAUACCAACUCUGAGAAAAUUAAUGUUGAUGCGCUUUGUGAAAUUUCACACUGGCUGUUUUUCUUGGAGUAAAGUCCUUACAGUGAUGACAGCCGCUUGGUAACAGAAGAGGUAUUACGAAACACUCCUAAUAACCCCAGACUGUUUCCUGCUCUGAUGUUUGAUUUACAUUUUUUUAUUUUUGUCCACUGUGGACGGAGUAGAAAUCACCUGCACAUUCAGCAGAGAGUACGAACAAACCUCAGGACUCAAUAAGCAGACAAUAGCUGAUGGGUAACAUGCUGUUUUCUCUCGAAGACUUCCUCCCUCGUGAUGAGUCAACGUCUAUAAACUGCUCUCAUUGUCUCGUAGGAAACAGGCCGAGGGAGACAUGCGGGAAGACGUGUCAGGGAGACAGAGACGACGAGUGGAUGGGGGUCAGCCUGGCCCGACAGACCAAAGCUGACGGCAAAAUCCUGGUGAGUUUGGAGACAAAAUGUAGCUCCGCCAAAUUGUUUAAUUCAAACCAUGUAGGCUCAUAAAAAACAGAUGAUACAGACAUCAUUGUUAUACGUCUAACAUGAACCACACAGUUAAACCACGGCUGGUCUCGGGAUUAUAACCCUCCUCUGACUAAAAAGGCUCUGUUUAAAAACGUUAAGCUUUUAGUAACAAAUGGGAACAAACAGAAACACUUAGUCAAUCAGUCACUGUUGGUUACUAGAUGUGGUGUCUGGCAGUUUUAGGAGAUGGGAAAAGCCUCACUGCUUGUCCAGUUGGUUGUACAUUAGUUUGACUCAUACCUGAGACCUUGAGUCUUUUACCCUUUAAAACAAACAGAUCUGCUCAUGAAAUCAAUAAAACAGUGAGACAAAGAAGUUUUAGGUUAAUGAAUGUUCACUGCUCCUCUGCAGAUACUCAGCUAACAUCAGCCUGGCUUGUCUCUAAAGCCCUUUAACAUUCGCACUCCUGGAAGUUUCUGGAAAUUUUCAGGACAGUCUGCUUUGAAAACGUUUAAAGUUGCUUAUUGACACAAGUUGCUAAUUUCCCUGCAGAUGUAGGAGAGUUGAGAGUUUAGAGUCUAAGGAGGUAAGACAUGGAUGCUGCAGAGGUUAUGUUGUGCUGUUUACAUGACAUCCAAGAUAGCUAAGGGAGUAGACUGUGGAGGAGGACGGGAAUCAGACCACUGAUCACAGCAGAAAGGAAGGGUGCUUCUUGUCAUGUUAAGUGUAUUUGAACAUAUUCACAGUAGAGAGUAAAGAGUGGAAAAGACAUGCAGAUGUGCAAAGAAAGUUUUAUGAACAUAAACAUUGCCACCCUCUCCUAAAUACCUGCGAGGGUUUCCCAGAUUUUAACCUGCUGCAUACAUCACAACUCCAAGUGAAAAUCUUGCAAAGGUGUCUGCAGGACGAAGUCUGAGGUGAAAAAAAGGCUCUGACUUUAGUAUUUACAGUUUGCAAAGUUUAAUAAAUGUGGAGCCAAAUGAUCCAUAUUGGGUUCUUUCUCUUCUUAACAAAGCAGGUAAAUAAAACCAGUUAAAACACUGACGUUAAAAUGAUGUCUCAGGUUAAAAACUUGGGUUCGUCUGGUGGGUAGAGCUUUAGCAGAGCUGUAACUAAGGUCUAUGUAGCUGAUGCAGGGCUGCAGGAUAUUAAAAAGAAAACUUGUAUUGGAUUUUUUUUCUCCUUUCUGCAACAUAAAUAGAGAUAUCGAAAUACAGUCUUUAUGCCAGAUAAAGGCAGCUUGAUUUAAGUGCUUAGACACAAUUGUGAAAAUAUCAAUUGAUCACUUUCAACAUAAACUUUACUAAUAAAAGCUCAUGACUUGCACACACAUGUAAUCUAUGAUUUCAGCAAAAUUUAAAUCUUGUUAAAUCAGUUCAAACUCAGUCAUUAUCGUAACUUUUAAUUGCACUAAAAGUCAUCCUCUUCUUCUGCUUUCUGCAGGGAUACUCGCCCACAGUAAACGCUCAGUGGUUUGGUUAGUUUAGCAGUCUGCACGUGUGUUUCCCCAACGUUAACAAGCACAGGGAGGAGCAGGACAACACCAUGUCAGAAUAUCUGUCUCCCUUAAUUAAGCCUUUUCUGGUUAUCUGUGAUCGUAGCAGUGUGGCGACACGUGUGCAUGUUUACAUCCUGCAGUUACGCAAGGCUUGAUUACCUCUGAGUCUCUAGAUUCAUCUUUAUUACAGAGAAAAUGAAGAGAGCAUGACGUGUUUAAGGUCACAUGAUUAACAACCAACGUCCUGUGGUGAGAUCUUACCAGAUACCAUGCACAAUAUUUCAAUGAAGUAUGAUCUUAUCUUAUUUUGAGGACUGGAGUUAAGACACUUUGCAAUUUGAACAGCAUCUUAAAAUGAUGUUUUCUUCAUAUGCAAGCAGAAGACUCCAGACUGUUUUCUCUCUGUUUGCUGGUCGUAGUCUUUUUGGUUCAUCCAUACUGACCAAAUUGUCCAAGUUUUGCCAUUUUAACAUAAAUAUCAUCACGUAUAUCAAGUUGUUUUUUGCCCAACCCUUCUUUCGAACAAUAACUGCACUUAAAUGACGUCUUAAGCGAAAAGCUGCAGAAACAGCUGAAGUCAGACACUUUUGGAAAGUGCCUGGUUGUUACAUAACAGUGUGAAACAUUUACCUCGUGUUUGGAGCUGGACGAGUCAGUGGAACAGAGUUUGUCAAGAGCAGAUUGUUGUUUAUAAAAAUCAGGAGAGGGAUUUGGAGAAGUGGACUAACUGGUGGUGUUAGUCCCAGAGGUGCUGUGCUGGCUGUUUGCUCAGGGAUCAGAGGGCAGCUGGCAGAGUUUGUUUAGGCUGCAGACCCUCUGCGGUGGUCCCAUCCAAGGCUGGCCUUUCAUUAAACGUGAACCCCUGUCUCCUGUGCGGUGGGUAAUGACUGGAACCGGCCGCCUUCGGGACGGUUUGGAGGCGUCUGCUGGGCUGUAACGCUCAUGACAGGUGUGAGUGUGUACGAAUACCUGCUGCUGAUUGACCUCCUCCUCUGGGAGUCAAAAAAAUCACAAGAAUUCCUCCUCCUGCAGACGUCCAAAUAACUGUUCGGCCUGAUAAAACCUCCGGUCCUUUCAAAGUGUUUGUCUUUUGUUCGUUUUUUAUACCUAGAGGAAUGUACUGGCAUGGAUUUCAAACCAUUACCCUUGGCUUUCCUCGUCCGUCAGGCGGUCAAAAUGUGAAAACCUCUUGGAGUUGUCAUUUUUGGGGAUUUGAGGGUAAAGUUGUACAACAACAAGCUUUCAACUCGGGUCCAGAUGGGGUUAUUAUGAUAAAAUAAAAGUGGUGACUCUGCACAGCCACGUGUUGCUGUGCCUGUUUUUUCUUUAUCUCAUCUGAAUGGACUCACGUUUCUGUGGAGGGCGGAGGAAAACGGCUGCUUGGCAGAUGUGUACAGCGGUGAUUUCAUCUGCGCUCUCAGUGAGGGUCUUGUUUGUAACCAGCGAGCCCUUAAACCGAGCAAGAACAUGACAACACAGUCCCCUUAGAAACCAUACAAGCUUUUUUUCUGCUUUGACACAAGACCUCCCUUUGCUUCGUUUACAUCAGCUGAACCAGUUUUUUUUUUUCCUACAAAUCUGCUUCUUCUUAAGACGGAGAAUUUAUGCUGGUUUUACUGCUACUGCUGGCCAAGCUGUCAGCUCAGAUACAAGUGUUUCUUGACUUAUUCUUCGGCUUCAGAGACUCAGAGGAGGCAGAAGUACAGAGAUUUGUGCAAACAAUGACUCUGAUUAAAGCAGAAGUUCUGACUCAGCGUCUUUGUUGGUGAAAAAGUACAUGAUGUGAAAUGUUGUUCAGAUAAAAAACAGCCCUCUGGAAAACAUUUCUGCAAACUUUGCAUCAUGUUUGUUGAUCAGAAGCUGGAGCAUCGUACACUUAGAGAAUCAAAACAUCACUGAUGUGAAUCCAGAUCCAUCAGCCGUGUUAUUUUUGAUUGAUUGUACUUGUUUCUGCUCGCAUGUGUGUCGAUCAGGGGAAGACCGAUCAUCCCCAUAUCUCAGUGAGAUCUCAACCAAAAAGCCACUCUAUAGCCACAAGUAAUGUUCAGAACAGCACCUAACUUCAUCAGCAGGACAUAUAGGGUCCUAGCCAUAGUACUAGCCUUCAAACAUCUUUUUAACUUUGCUUGGUUUCUUAAGAAAAGAGACCAAACACAACUCACCCUCUCUCUUCCAGCAGCCGCUUGUUUGUGUGAGAACCCUGACGAGUCGAUCACCGAGUGCAGCAGAUCAUUUCCUUGAAAUAAUAAUCAUAAUAAUAAUCAUUUUGCACUGCAGAUGUGGUAGUUCAUCUGCCUCAGAGGAUCCUGCCUCUCGGUCUGAUUGCAUCUCCAUGAAGUAAUAAUCAUAAAUGUUCUUCCUUGAGCUGCGAAACUCCGCUGCACUCUGUGAUUGAAAGAAAUCAGGCAAAGCUAAAAAGAUGUUUGAUGGCUAGUGCUAUGGCUCGGACCCUAUAUGUACUGUUGAUGAAGUUAGGUGCUGUUCUGAGCAUUAUAUGUGGCUAUAGGGUGGCCUUUUGAGGUUUGCGCGCGGAGACGUAGACCACUGUGUAUUGCUAUCGUGCGGCCGUUGCUGAAGUUGGUAUAACUAGAGAAGCAAGCGGUCGGCAACAUUCAUCUCUCAAGGGGGUUUAAGUUCUAUAUCUAAUUUUGAGGGUCCCACACAUGUAUGAGAUCCAGCCUGACUGUGAGCAGGACUUUAAACUCACUUAAAAAUGUAAAAUCAAACUUUGCUUGACUUUUAUAUCACAAACUCAUGGGGGGGUUAACCAAUUAUUGAGCUUGGCUGGUUAUAUUCGUGAUUCUGUUUAUGCACAAGUGCUGUUCCCCCCAAAACGAGGUCAUUUUUCUCUCUUUUUUCAGUCAAAUGUAUCAGUUUGCUGCAAAUCUUGCAUUAUUCACUUAACACUUUGACACAGAAAGUAUGGGAGCUAAUUCAUGCAUUAAAAAACUGUGCAGAAAUAACCAAUCUUGCAAGAGCUUUGAGAACAGAUUUCACAUACACUUAACUUUCAGCUCACAGUCUGCAGAGCUAUCAUAUCCAUUUAGUUUGGCUGUGUAUGUGUGUGUGUGUGUGUGCGUGUGUGUUGAGGAGGGGGGAACAUGGGGGAGUUAAACAUUGCGAGGGGAAAUGAAGUGAACUCUGGCUGCACAGAGGCAUCCAGCUCUGUCCCCGCAGCCACAGGAGCCCCGCCACCAUCCCCUCUGGGUACCAAAUGAUUACCACAUUUACACAUUUAUGUGUGCAGAGCUUGAAAUCCCGUCUAUAUUAUCCUGUUAGCUCACUGAUCUGGGGAAUGUUGUAUUUUGAAAAACACAGAAGCCAAAUAUUGUUUUGAAUUACUCCCUGUCAGUUUCAGGGAGUGCUUCUCAGAGAGUGGGAGUUUGUUCUCCGGCUUUUGAUCCACUUUUUUGUUUUACCGUCUGGCUCCUCUGGCUGAGCAGAGGAGCUGCUCUGAAAUUAAAACUUUAAAAACACAAACGUUGAUGUGAAUUUCAUCUCGAGGAACAUUAACGGCUCUGAGGAGACACAGAUGAGAAAGUCACACCACAGACUUUGGCUCUUCUGGUCAGAGUUAUGGGUGGGUUUGAUUCCCCCCUCUCAUUGACGACCAUUUGACAGCCGCAGAGACGUGCUGACUCCAGUCCAGUGAGGACGGGGCUUAAAUAAUCACAGCGGUGGUGGAGAAACGGCUGACUGGAGUCUGAAGUGUUUGUGUUGACUAAAUAAGCAUCUCUCUGAACUUGUUUUCCGUUCAUGUGUCUUUUGCAGGCUUGUGCUCAUCGCUGGAAAAAUGUCUAUUACAACAAGGAGCACAUCCUUCCUCAUGGUUACUGCUCCAUUAUCCCCCCCACUCUGCAGGGAGGGACCAAGCCACUCAUCCCCUGUUAUGAAGGUACAGUGAAGAGAUCGUCAUACUCAAGACUUUUGGUUUAGUUUGCUAACCUUCCAUAGAGUCUACAGUACAGAUUUAACACUUACUGGUUAUCAAAUUGGUAGACUAGAUCCAGGUUUUCAUUGCCUACACUGGUGCCAUGAUGGCUGGUGAGUUCUUGAGUUGAUGUUUGGCAGAAAUCUUGUUUGUCCUGAAUGAAAAUGAGUUAAAAAGUUUGUUGUCACAGCAAAAGGAAAACAAUGUUAAUCAAAUUACAUCAUGACAAACUGCCUCACCAUUUUGUUCACAUCCUGCAGAGCUCUGCAGCAGAAAAUUCAGAUAUUCGGCUGGAUUUGAUUAAAUUUUCUGAACAGAUUUCAAGUUGAUUCGGGUCAAUUGAGAAGAAGAGAAUCAGCGCUUAGACACAAGAACACAGGCAACCUGAAGGAGUGAUUGGAAAAACAGUUCGUUUGACUGUACUGAAUCUUUAGAAUCUGUUCAUUGAAAUGAUUCGUUCAAAAGAUUCGUUCACUGAAUCAGUUAGUGCUUCAGGGCCCCGUCUUGCCGGUGCAGUACACGAGUGAGUGACACAGCAGCGAUGAUCGAGAGUUCGUUCAUUGAACGAGCCACUCCCCUCCCCUGAAAAACUCACCUCUUUGUGUGCCACCGACGUUCGCAUCACUACGCAAGUGAAACAACACAACAGCAAGCAGCAUGCCUGCUAAACGAGCGCGAGUCGUCAUUCUUUUAUAUCACGGAAAAGUGGAGAGACUCACAGUAAACAAACCCUGUGCCCCUUACUCCUCUGCCCACCUCAAGUCGUUCAGAAGUUGUUCGUUUCGUUCACAGUCUGACUAAUACAUGUCGUUCAUUCGCUGUGAGCAAAUCACGAGACUCCGCCCAUCAGCUCGCUUGCUGGCUGUGUGCCGUUUACCAAAAAGUCAAAGGCAGCAGUUCCACUUCCGAUAGGCAUGCCAGUGAUUUCAUUCACGUUGUUCACUCAGCAGUUCUGUUCAGGCAAUCACUAACCUGAAGGUGACAUGAAGUUUGUAUGAAGGUUUUCUUGUGCUGCAGGUGCAGAGAAGAUCCUGGUACCAGCUUUGUCCUUGUUUUUCCCAAAUGUUUCUAAACAAGACUGACGUGUGAAGACUCUUUGCAUGUGUGAAUAGCAGUUAUUAUUAAACAUGAGUUGUAUUUAACACUGUGUGCUGCAGCUGCAUCCUGCACGCUACAGAUGACCUUGAGGUGAGAGGUUAUCAUGCAACAUCAACUAUAAGCUGUCAGCUCCUUUUAUCUACAGCAAAAACAGGCCUGCAUACCUGCUCCUUCAAAAUAAGAUGAACUGAAAAGGAUGUCAAAGACCUCAAAUAGGAGUAUUUUGGAUCUCAGGGGCAAAAGGGCAGAUGCUCAAGUGCUCUGAGCUCCCUCCUCUGCACGUGCCCGGUUAUGCAAACAACAGAGAGCUGCAGCCUCAAUAUGGCCCCCCAUGCUUUUUGACACUUUUUACCUCUAGUAAAGAAAAAUCAAGUCAUUACUCAGCCUGUAACAUGAUGAUGCUGCAGGAAAAGAAAGAGAGCUUUUGCUGUUUUUAUGUAAGAUCCAGUUGUGUUAUAUUAGUCUAAAAAAGAAGUAAAAUCCUCACUCUCUCACCUCCACUCAUCUGGUGAAGUGUUUCUACAUGUAAGCUGCAGGUUUAGUCUGUUUAUUCUCUCCUGCUUUAGUUCAGUUUUUUCAUGGCAUGUGAGCUCUGCGGCCAGCACCCGGUCCUCACAUCUGCUCCUGGACCCUCUUUGGUGUUCUGGCACCGAGAACAGUAGCAGGAAAGACUUGAAGUGUGAUCUCGCUUCCUCUGUCCAACAGGAGCGCUUUGGAGCCAGCUCCCUCUUCUGAAGGGCACGCAGGUUGUUAAGCUGAAUAUAUACGAGCGUUUUUCUGAAGCGGGUGGAAAAUUUGCGCACAAAGACGAUGUUAUUGCUUCCCUUUCUUUUUUACUGAAACAGAUUUUGAUUUUGUUUUACAGAAAUCAGAUCCUCUGAAGGAAGGAUUUGUUUGGAAGGUAGAGACAUAGAAUUCGUCUUUUGUUAUGAUAGCGGUUAAUCAGAUCCAUACAGGCUGCAGGUUGUUUUUCUUUGCACAACCUUUACAACUCUAAAAAUCAGAUCCCAUUAAGAAGCUAAUGUGCAGUGAAAUAUUUCAUUUGACUCACGCUCGUGUUUUGAUAUGUGACUCUGAGCGAUUCAUCAAAGACUGCUUUACACCCUGAUUGUGCUCCCAGGUCAGGACUUCACUUCCUUCCGUAACUCUGCUCUGGAGAAGUCAGGCCCUCUUUGCAUUUACAGAGCAUUCUGCACAAAUCCAAGCUCAAUAUUUUUGUAACCUGAGAGCGUUUUGUCCCCCCUCCUCCAAAAGAAAGUGGUCUCCUUGUUGAAUGUGGCAUGGUACCCCCUUCUUCUCCUCCUCUCCUCAGUCUGCUUUCUGCCCCCAGACUCCUGGUGGAUGGGACCGGGACUUUGACGAGCUCCAUAUGGAAUGCAGGAAAAACUCCAGUAAAUGCUGGCUCAGGCACACAGUGAAAUAAUUUGUGGUUUGUUUUUUCUUGCAGACUAUAAGCAGAAGUACGGGGAAGAGCACGGCUCGUGCCAAGCUGGGAUUGCGGGGGUUUUUACGGAGGUCAGUAACAGUGCUUGUUCAUCGUCUUAAUCCAUGUAAUUCUUUCUUUUCUGUGAGUUUAACGCACACAAAGCUGUUUGUUGUCAGAAAUGUUUUUAUUAAAUCAGUCUGCAGAAUCAGAGACAUCUGUGAAAUCACUCUGGUUCUGUCUCGCUUUUACCUGACUUAUUUCUUUACUAUCAAUCCUUUUAUCUUUGAUUAAAAUGAUCAAGAACAGCUAAUAGAGCAAUUAAAAAAGACAAUUAAAGCUCCUGUAAGGGGUUUUUGAUUAGUUAUGAAUCAGGAUCAAAUGAGCUGUGAUUCAUCAGAGGAAAAUUAGACCAACAAUAACCCUCCUAUGUUGUAAUUUCUAUGAUGUAAGGGAGGAGGUUUUGGUCCAAUAACACCACUUUCUUAAGGAAGAGACAAAAUCAGCAAGAUUAAAAGGUUAUGACUUUGUCUGCAGGGGGCGCCAAAAUCAACGCAGACAGAAAUCUCCUAAUAGGAGCUUUAAACCCUGAUCAGGUCAUAUAUAUUCUGAAACAAGUGUGACUGAAUGAAUGUGUUGACCUGAUCUGGACUUCUUGUUUGGGCCUGAGCGACUAAUGAUUGCAGAUUUUCAGGUUUUAAGGUGCCCCCACAAAACUUCCCAUUUUUGCACACAUGUCAAACCAGGUGAGAAAUACAGUAUUUUGUCGCUUUUGUGGAAAAAUGGCUCCAAUUUACCAACUCAGCCUCACCACAUGGUUCGACUUGCAUGAUUUUUGCAGGGCUUAUGUAUCGUGCUAAGACCUACAAAAAAAUCCUCUUGCUCCUAAACUCUAAACCCAAUCGCAUGUCUUUUGUUUUAAUCUUGAUUUUGAUUAUCUGAUUUGCAGGCUGCAUAUUUGUAUGGACUCAAUUUGUGACUUUCUUUAUUUAGCUUUUGUCUUGUAAAAAUCACCUUCAUGCUCCUUCUAUAUGUCAAAAGUUGAUUCAAUUAGGAUCUGCAGGGAUUUUUUUGCCUGCUUGUUCCCACCUGAAACCACCUGAUCCUGUAAGAGUCCUCAGGGGGAACCACCAAAUUAGCACAACCUCAAAGUUCCUCACAGGAGCUUUAAAGAGACAUUUAUCUCUAACAGUUACGCUUAUUUAUCUUAUCAAUUUCCUCUUUCAGCCGACUGAUUAUCGUAAAACUGUGAUCAGUGUCGACAUUCGACAUCCUUUAUUUCCGAAACAAUCUCUCUCUCUCUUAGAUUCAGAGGACAGUUAACAGAGACUUUACAUGUGAGUCUGAAGGGGAUUUUUGCUCCCCACAAGUAUCUAAAGAUGUCAAACAGUGUGGAAAAUCUGAUUUCUCCCCUCAGAUAUACAUGAGUAUCUGUAUCAAAGUCGCUGGCGCUCUGCUGACUAUCUGCUGAUAACAGUUAGCGUAUGUUUCCACGGGCUGAUAGCGGAGGAAAAGCUGCGGCGGCCUCACUUCACCUCUGGUGUGGUUCCCCCAGAUAAAGUCUUUGAGAAAAUACCAGCUUCCUUUUCCUCUAUGGUAAAGAUGUGCCACUGUUUUUCUGCGAACAUAUGACAUCAUCCCUAGCUGCCCAAUACCGCCAUGUAUCUUAGAUAUCUUUGAGUUUCCCACGUGUUCGCCUGGAGGAGAGAUAAAGCUGGUGUACUGAGGACAAGUUCUCGAUUUAAAGCGUAAAUACGUUUUAGGAGAAAUUAAGUUUGACAGAUAAAAUGUGAACACUAGGAACACUUUUUACAUCGAACCUUUUGGGAGACUGUAUAACUCUUUCCCGAUGUUCCCCAUGAGCAGCGUAAUCUGCACGGGUCCUCUUAAAGGCUCCAAUUUCAGUCACGCUCACUUACAGAUACAUACAGUAAAGUCCUGUAGACGGUGAGUGACUUUAAAAUGUGUCCUCUGGGCUCAGCUGGGCUUUCAGGGUGAAAUGUUUCUCACCGGUGAGAAAAACUGGAGAGGAUAGUUCUCAUCACUGAAGGACUUGGCUGUAAUCUCGGUCUAAUGCUGAUCUGAAGUCUUUCUAUGACGGCUGCAAACACAAAUAACCAACAGAGAAGUUGUAAAAAUGAAUUUUAGUUGUUAAAUUGAUCGUCAUGUCUUAAAUACACUAAAAUGAAUUCCUCUGUCUGUCUCUAAAUCUACCGGCUGUUGUCUGAUGAUAAAUUAAGCCUCUGUGGACUCAUUCGAGGGCUGAGUUAUUUAAAUAUGCAAUCAAGACUCUUUUUCUGAACUUUGGUCAAUAAAACUUCUCAAGAAAGCAUUCAACAUGAGUUUUAACAUCUACGAGCAGAUGUUAUUUGUACUUUAAGACAAAAAGGCUAAACUAGAAUUUAAUGACGGGGACACACUUACGAGGGUUGUCCCGAUCCAAUAUUGAUAUCGGAUAUUGGUCCAGUAUUGAUAUCAGAUAUCAACAAAAAUACAAGCAGUCCAUUCCAGAAUCUGCUCCGGCACCUCCAUCUAGCAGCGUUCAGAUCCAGCAGAGCCCAUGAAAUCACAACAACAGUGUGUACUAAGGUACUAACAAAGAAGCAGGGAGUAGGAGUGAUGUCGGCCGUAUAGCAGUAUUUUUUUGUUUAAGUUCGAAAAAGACGUAGCAGCUGAGUGCAAAACUUGUCAUGCGCAAGUUUGUGCCAAUAUCGGAUCAAUAUAGGUAUUGUAUCGGAAGUCAAAAAGUUGUAUUGGGACACCUCUAAAGUUUACAUAAAACUUAACACUUUCUUUAACCCUGAAGCUGAAACAUUUCAGAGUUUCUGGUCGUUAUCGAUCCAAAAACCAGCAGCGCCUCUCACUUCACUCUUUCCCCGCCAUUGAUGAGAUAUCCCAUCAAUCCUUGUUUUAACUAUAAAAUGACGGGUGGUGCUGAGAUGUAGCCUACCUUGUGGAGCAAUCAACAAGUGAUGGGGAGGAGACGGGUGCAGGUGGAGGCAUACUGCUGAAAUACUGCUGAUUCAGCAAAAAAUCUGACUCAGACCAUGGGUUGCCAUGGAGACUACACCUUAGCUUGUUGAUAGUUAUAUUACUUUUCAUAUGAAACGAAGCAGUGAUUCAGUAAUGUAACAACUUAAACUGAGCCGCCAUUGUCCUUAGGGAGCUGCUCUAAAAAUGUGGGUAUGAUACUCUUUAAGUUAUUGUUGUUGAAUGUCAUCAUAUCAGAGAGGAACAAUAAUGUAAGUUUGUAAUGUAAGCAAAAAUACUUAUUUUCUUAGAAAAACACCCAUUUCUCAGCUUUUUGCCUGAAUUGUUGUGAUUUUGAGGAAAACAAUCUUUUUUAAAAUACUGAUCAAAGACAAAAACACGUUAGAAUCAAAUUACUGAAGCUUUUUACUUUUCUCUGAUACCUUUAUUAAAAACAUAUACAUCAGACAAAAAUAUUAUAAGAGUGUGAAAGUUCACUUGAUUUUGGGGAAAGAGUUAACUUUGUGUUUCAGUUUGUGAUGCUUCGUGUCUGUUUUCUUCUAUUUGGUUGAUGUCAAAUUUUUAAUUUUUUCGUGAUUUUUACAUUAGAUGAGAUUUUUGCCACAUUGUCUACAGAAAAAGGUGAAAUCACAAGCUCUAUGAAAGUGCUGGACUCUUUUUGGUGGAUUAGUUUGAUUUGAGGUCGUCCCUGGUGUCACGCUGUUUAGAAUAAAUUCCCAAUAUUAUGACACUUUGACCAAAUAACACAGCUGAAAGAAAGACGAGUCAUUUAUCUGAUUGAAGUUUAUUCAGCCAAAAACUAACAGACGUCUGAGGAUGUCAGUGUAGAUCUGUGAAAACACUCGAACCCCAGCCUCUCCUUUGAAGAAUGUGAAGAAUUCAAAGUAAAGACGUCUGACUGUUAGACCUUAUCCUUGUCUGAACUGCGGAGCGUGCGCCUGGUGGUGCCCAGAUGUUUGACACCGCGGCACAGGAGAGCAGGACUGCUGAGUAAGGUCCUCAGUCUGUUGUUGGGUUUGUUUGAGUUCUCAGUGGUGUCUAAACAUCCUCUGACACAGAUAAGAUCAACAUGGAGAAACCAGGAAGAGAGGAGCUGACCUGUUCCUGGUCCUCUAUGCUCAGAAAGCUGUGAAGGACUCAUUUCACAGCUGUCAUUCACGCUCUGAAUUCCUCGUCACUUCGGUCUCGGCUGGCACACCGUCUGGAAGCGCGGUUAAGAGCAGAUAGCACAAACCAGGCUGUGGCUGCUGGUUAACCAAACGCUCACCCAGACGUGUUUCUCUUCUUCUGUCAGCAGCAGACAAAGGACCAAUCAAAUCAGAGAAGGUUACAGGAAAUUCAACUUUUGGGACAUUAUUUUAUAGCAUUAUUUCUACAAGUAUAUUGUGAGAAUCCCAGACCAGUAACAUGUGGGUUUUAGAAAUUAGACUGUUUUAUUUUUCUUCUAAAGUGUUCAUUCUGGAUCCUAAGAAUGAUGUCUAGAAUGUCUAAAAAUUAAGAGCCCUUACUUAUGGACGGCAGACUUUCAAGGAUAUCUGAGAUCAUAACAGAAAUCAUAAUAACUGCUGCAGGGAAAAGCCUCAGCCAGGAUCCAGUCCAGGAACUUUCUUUGGGGUGAAGCAAUCAAUGUUGGGCAAGUUUACACUAAGAAUAAACAAACUCAAAGUUCGUUUCACACAAACUACUUCACCUUCACAGUUCUAUUUUUUAUUUUUUAGAGCCUCCUAAACUUCGAUCCCUAAACCUCGGUCACUGAUAUUUCCUAGACCAAAGAGAUGAUCAAAUUUAACCGUAGAGUUGUAGAUAGAUAUUAAGUUUAAAGGCAAAGAAAAUCCCAAUUCAGAGGAAAAAACUUGAAACACAGAAACACGCCCACAACUAGGAAAUCAUUUGUCCAAAGGGUCCAACUUAAACACAGAUACUCAGGGAAAAUCUGCUUAAAAAUCAUACUUGAGGAUGCCGUUGAGAUUGUCUUGAAAUAAAAAGGCUCAGAUAAAGACACUCUGAAUAAAACAUCACAAAAAAACGACUUGUUCUCUAUUCUCAAAAAGCUUCACCUCUCUGAAAACCGCACAUUUUUAAUCCUGUUAAAAUCUGCCCUGAUUUGUUCUUGAAACUUCUUCAAAUGUGCACGGCUAGCUACAUUUGAUAGAAAGUAGAAGUGAGAAUAUGCAGGUGCCGUAAAGUCAACCCUGAAAACCUCUUGGAGGUUUAGUGCGUUCAUGCGUUCACAACAAUGGAGGCAACAUCACCACCGUGGAGCCAUGUGUGUCAGGAUUUGCAAAAACAUAAGUCUGCUCAGCAUCCUGGCACCCAAACAUGCUAAACAAGUCCAGCUAAACAGAAACAGCACAAGACGCCCACUCUUGACGUCAAAACUCCGGCUUUUGUUUGCAGACGGAUGUUUUUAUCCAGAAUCCCUCUAAUUACAAACCUGUCAGUACAGACGUGUCCCACACAUUUAAGAGAUUUAGCUUUGGUUGUGAGCAGAAUUUUGGUCACUUUAGGAUGUAAAAGCAAAACUUUGGUUGCCUAUCAUAUUUAUCUUUUAUUAUUGAUAGUUAAAACAGUUUUGAUAACAGGAUGUCAUCAAGCUUUUUUCUCAAAACUUUUGAAACUUUAUCCACUUGCACUAAAAAGCCUUUUGUUUUCCAUUUUCAGGAGCUGGUGGUGAUGGGGGCACCAGGGUCCUACUACUGGACCGGGACGAUAAAGGUGUACAACCUGACGUCUGAGACCUUCUCCAGCCCGAACAAAGAUGACAUCGACUCCCACAGAUACAGCUACCUGGGUGAGAACCUCGAACAGAGCAGGCUGUUGUGUGUUUUGUGUGCACAAAGAAAGAAUCAGCAGCUGAUCUCUUUGUGUGUUUCAGGCUACGCUGUGACCGCCGGACACUUCUCCUCUCCUAAUGUGAUAGACAUCGCUGCAGGGGCGCCCCAGCACAGCGGCAGCGGAAAAGUAGGAAUCUCCAUCUUUUUCUGUCUUGUUCCCGACUGUUGAAUUGAAGUUGUUUUUUUUCUCGCUGCAGUGAUUUGUUUUUCUCCUGCACAGGUUUAUAUUUUCAAAAUCGAUGGCACGUCUUUGGUGAAGAGUUUUCAGGCCUCAGGGAAAAUGGUAUGAGCUCGGAUGUGGUUCUGUAUUCUUCACUGCACAUACUUUACACCGCAGCUGUUGUUUUACUAUACUUUUUCAUUACUUUUAACCUAAUCGGCCUCGGGGUUCAUGUGGUUUUCUCUUUUGAUGCAUCGCAGACAUGCUACUCUAAUUGUUUUGUUGUCAGAAAUGUAAUGUUUAUGUCUGUGCGAGAGCGAUUUAAAGAAGCCAGAGAGGUAGCUAAUGCUUUCCAGUGAUGGCAGCUUUAACACACAAGUUGUGGAAAUAGUCCUUUUAAAGUUGGUGCAGAUUUAAUGUGAGCAGAGCGUGAAUCGUGUGUCAUUGCUGUGAAGUGAAGAAGUGUCUGUGAUCUGACCCCUCGCUCUGUGGCUCGGCUUGGUUCCAGAUGGGCUCUUACUUUGGCUCCUCAUUGUGUGCAGUUGAUCUGAACCAGGACGGCCUGUCGGACCUGCUGGUAGGGGCUCCCAUGCACAGCCAGCUCCGGGACGAGGGCCAGGUGUCUGUGUACAUCAGCAGGGGCAAUGUGAGUGUGUCUGCGGGAACGUACAGACUGAAUCUAUACUGUUAUUAUGUCUUCAGCGUCGAUCCUGAGCUCGAUUACUCCAUGUUUGAUUUCCUUCUGACCGUGUUUGUUUUCAUGAUUACAGAAUAAAACUGCAGAGCAUAGUGGGAGUGGGACAGAUUAUUUGAUUGAAGCUUCUGUUUGUACUUUUUAUGUUUAUGAGUUAUUGCAGGGAGGAAGUAGACUGCAUGUUUGGUGGUUUAAUGGCCUGGAUUGAAGCCAGCUCACCGCAACCAAAGCCCAAGAAUUUUAUCAGAGAAAAGAAGCAAUCAUUUAAAAACCCUCUCUUUUUUCUUCUGCCAGCUCCAGAUAUGAAUCUCAUCCUUUCUUUUUUCAGGGUGUGAUGGAGGACGGAGGGGUUUUGAGUGGUGACAACGCUUUCAAUGCACACUUUGGGGAGUGCAUCACAGCGAUAGGAGACGUAGACGACGAUGGAUUUCAGGGUCAGUAGAAGUCGUGUGCAGUUGAUUUAGCAGAUUUUGCAGAUUUUACAUGCACCAACCUUCACUUACUCAACUUUUCUGAAGCUUUUCACUAUUUUACAAGAACUGCAGAUGGAGAUGAAAGUCGCUGAAUUGUUGAAUAAGGUAUAAUGCAUAAUUAAAGUCCUGAACAGGACUAAAGGUUGAUGACUGAAAACAAUGUUUUUGCCAGAUGGUGGUUUGAUCCUUAUCUGUUGUGUGUGAUCAGGUUUUCUCUGAUGUUGCAUUUGCUGUCAAGAAUUAAAUAUAGUCAAUAAGGUAAAGAUGUUCCCAGGAAAAAAAGGUCUUUCCAUUCACAUUGGCUAAAGGUUUUCAGCUAUUGUGCAUUGUUAUUUACCUCGUAUUCAUCUUGUAUAUGAACAUUGUGAAAAACCGAGACAAAUCUGAGUUCGUUUUCUGCCUGAUUUCUGGUUUAAAAAAAAAAAAAAGUGUUAUUAGGCUUAAUUAAAACCACAGUUUCUUUUCAAAUUCAGAAAAAAUUGCUUUUUUAAGAGACUACCUGAAAAUCUUGUUUGUCAGGAGCUUUUCAAGAUUCUUGAUACAAGAGAUAAAAAAUGAAAAAGAACAUCACAUUUCAUCACAUUUUUUUAUACUCAUUAUAUUCAGUUCAAGUUUUCUUUUUGGCGUGUUUUAUUUUGAAAGAAGACGUUCUUCUGUAGUUGUUAAGUAACUGCGGCUUAAAUUAAACCUAAAAAGAAACUGAUACUAGAAAGACGACAAAAACACUCGAUUGGAUUAGAGAAUUUUUUUAAGACAGUAGAUGCAUAACCAGUGUUUUGGACAAACUUUAUUUUACUGAUAAACACUUAAAAUAUUCUUGUUAAAAGGUCCCAGAUUCCUGAGUCCAGAGCUGUUGGUUCAGGACUAUAACAAGUUACAAUUUCAGCUAAGUUUUGUUGGGUUUUGCCUUCACUUACACAUUUUGCACUGGUUUCAUUUGCCAUGCACCUGAUUUUGUAUCCUCAGAAAAAUGGACUGAGUUUGGGGUUUAGUGCCUUGCCCAAAGACACUUUAGUAAUGCGGCUAUGUGAGAGCUGGGAUCAGGCACUAUGACCAGAGUCCAAAGACAUGCUCAUCAGGUCAACUGUUAUUUCUGAAAGGCCCGUAGUUUUGAGUUUGUCUGGUGAACUGUCUCUGUACUGUGUGAUAGAUGGGCCAAUUGUCUGGGUCUAUCCUGCCUAACACCCAGUGACAGCUGGGAUCAGCUCCAGCGCUCUCAGCCUGGUGUAGAUCAUAGAUGGUGGGAUUUUGGUGUCAAACUCUCAGCUACAUCAUCUCCACACCAUGCACCUGCAGGAUCCAGCUGGAGGUUUAAGAUUUUAUGACAACACGUCUCAAAUUCUGCAUGAAAAACAAGUCUGUGAGGAACGGCGUGGUCUGACUGGACUGAAUAAACUUCAAAUUUUCUGGGUUUUAAUGCAGAACUCUAUCAAAGUUGUUUUGCAAGAAAAUGCAAAGGCCUCUGUCUUUCACAUCAAGUGGAUUUGAUGUAGCACGAUGCAUGGUGGUAGUAAACAGUCUGCAGGGGGCAGCUGCAAUCUUACUUAGGAAGGUCAUAGUUGGGAAAAACCUGAUUAGGUGGAUCAAAAAUAAAAACAAUGAUGUAAUACCUGGACCUUAAAGCCUGCCAUCUCUUAUUAAAGCGUCUAAUUUUGAUGCUAAAGUUUUAUUUUGUUGUGAUUGUUCAAGUUUAGUCUCCAUGUCAUGCACCAAGAGUAGCAGAUGUUUUAAAUCCGAUCAGCAUCUGCGGCACAAAACAAACAACAGUUUUUAUUUAAGACUCAGACGCAACAAGGUCUCUGAAUUUAGCAAAAAGGAAACGGUCAUAAAAUUUAAAACUAUUGUCCCUAAACCACUAAAACAUGUCUGAGCAUGCAUUUGGAAGGUCACAGCUCAGACGGCGGUCAUGUCUGCAUUCAGAAGUCCUGUGAUGACUCCUCAGGGGUCUGUGAAUCUAUAUCCCAGACAAUGGCGACCCCUUUUCUAUAGUUUUUAAGCACUUUUAGUGUGACUUUGUCCUGUAAACAUGCAGCAAAACCAUUUCCUCUGUCGUCUGGUCUGUUAUUAAGUCCCACAGUUUAUAUUCCUCUGGAGUAAAGGUUGUCUGUUGGAGGGACUCAAGAGGUGCAACGAAACCCUUCAUUUCACACACACUUUGUUUCGAUUACCCUGCGGUGAGAGGAGAUCUACAGAAAAUAUUGCCCUCUCUCGCCCUCGCUCAAGACUCAAACCAUAUUAUCCACACGCACACACAGACAUACGUCCACACUGUCUGUUUUCCUGGCGCUCACACGGCUCUCCUCCGAGGCCUCAAGUUGGCGUCCGCCUCAAACUCAAGACUGGGAGCUGCUGCUUGGUUUCAUCUAUGUGGGAGAUACGCCUCAAGGCCUGCAGCCUGGCACAUGUUUGUGUGUUUUUGUGUGUGUGUGUGGAGAAAGAUGGCAGCUGGAGAGCAUAACUCAUCCUGCAACUCGUCACUCUCAGAGCCAGACUGAAGAUCUGUGAUUUACAGCCAAACUGCUGCCAUUUAAUUUGAAAGAAACACUGUAGAAAUCAGGAAACACAUUUGGUUUCACUGAGAGGUUGCUUGUUUUAUUCUGCGUUUUUUAUAAUGAGUUAAUUAUUAGAAAACACACGGCCAUUCUUGUUGCUGGUUCUGCUGUGGUAUGUGCGCCACAUGACCUGGAGGUGUUUUGGUUUAUAAAAAGAACGUUUAUAUAUGGACUCGCGGUGGAAAUGGGAUAAGGAGACGUUGUUUCAGUGCUCUUGCCAGGACUUUAUAGUCUUGUUUCCACUCUCUCAGAGGUUGCACAAGUUUUACAGCCACUAACAACACUUAAUUGUCUAUUAGGAGUCUUACUGUAACUGCUUGUUUCCCAGGCGCUGUCCAGCUGGAAGUAAACAGGAGGCAUUCACAAAAGCACAAAUGGACAUUAAUGCACAUUUAAACAACUUUUUUUAUUUAUUAACGCUCUUUGUGCUUUCGUUGUCUCCUCAGAUGUGGCCAUAGGAGCACCUAAAGAGGAUGACUAUGCAGGAGCGGUUUAUAUCUACCACGGGGAUGCAGCAGGAAUCAUCAGCAAAUACUCCAUGGUAUGAACUCUCAGCUCCUCGUGUCACAUUGUUUUGUUUUUUCACCGUUAGCGAAGGGAGAUCAUCUUCUCCCUCCUUGAAGAUAUAAUAUUUCUCCGAAGCUUCACCAACACGUGCUGAACUUUGAUGAAAACCAUGUGUUCACCUUGCAUACUGAGGUAGCUGAGUAAUGUGCGGUAAAGUCGCAGGUGGUGAUGUAGCCUCGGGAGUGCGCAGCAGACCCACGUAGCUUUAAAUCAGGCACCAGCAGCUCUUCAUGGGAAAGGAUUUCAGUGUUAAAGAAGACCACAUGAGACCUGAUGAACUGGUUUGGAAAAGCAUUAUAGCUGUUACUGAAAUCAUGUUUGAAUGUAGAGACGGGGGUGUGAUUCACAUGCAGUCUCACAAGUGUUCGGUGAUCAUGUGUUCAUUCAAAAAAAAGCUCAUUCUUAUUAUAAGUUAGCUGUUUCAGUUCAUAACUUAGAAAAAUAACAAAAUAUUAAAGACACAUUCAAGAAAAACAAAGUCUGAGAUUAUGGAAAUAAAGUUCUUAUACAUUAUUGAUUGGAAGAAACUGAGUCCAGUCAGCAGACAGGCAGGCUUGUAGUACUAAAACUUUUUCUUAUGAUAUAAUCAACUUUAUUCUUGUGAAUUCUCAAGGUCAAAGAAAAUAAUUACAGGAAGGAGAUUUAAGUCGAAAUUUCGAGUUUAAAAAUUGGAAUUUUGAGAUUAAAGACAAAUUUUAAGAUUACAAAAUGUCAAAAUUUGGAGAUUAAAAAAAUGUAAAUGUUUCUUUUUUCAUAUCAUUUCGAUUUUUUUAAUCUCUAAUUUUUUAAAUUUCGACUUUAAUCUCGAAAUGGAAAUUUAAAAAAUCUCCCUCCUGUUUUUAUUUUUUUCUCUUCUUGUGGCCCUAAUCCUCUUUCAUACAUAUUUGUUUUUGCACAGUGUACAAAAAAAUGGAAAUAUUUAGCUUAAUGUAGCUGUUAGAUUCUAGACUGAAAUGCUCCCAUGCUCACCCCUAACAUUGGUGAAGCAAUGGUGGCCUUCAAGAACAAGACACUUGAUCGUCCAUUUGUUAAGUUUUUGCCAUCAAAAACCUCGUCUUUUAUAAACAACCAUCAUUUCGUACUCCUCAUAAUUAUCAUGUCUGUUAGUAGUUUGUCCAUUCUUUGCUCCUGUAGAAAGCAAGAUGGUGGAGAAGAAUUUGCUCUUGUGUACUGUAGAUAUAUAAAAAAGCAGGUCUAUGUUGAUAUGCAUUGUGGUGCAGUGGUUAGCAAAUACUAAUUUGAUUGCAUUUCUACCAUGCACUGUACCUUUAAGACUUAAUUCUCAAACAGCUGCACACUUCCCAAAGCUAUAAAAAGUCUAUUUUCUUCUAAUGGGCACAAAUUCUUUCAAUUUGUUGUGUACUUCUUUGUCUGUGCAGAUAUGUUGGUGUAGGAACAAAAAUCUGUGGUUUUAUAAGGGGUUGUGUGUUAAAAACAGUUUCUGGCAAGCAGAUGUGAUGACUCUUCAUCUUCAUGUUGACCUCCCGCUCAAACCAGACCUCUGCUCUUUUACCCUGUUUGUGUUUGUAGGUGUUUUAUUUGAUUCAGUAGAGCCAGGCUACCAAUUCUGUUCAUUUUAUGGUCCCAGUGCUGAGCUGAGCUAACCAUCUCCUGGUUCGAUGUUCAUGAUUUUCUGGAGAACCUUUGUGUGAAAGACCAAACUAACCAAUUAACUAAAAUCUUAUAAAUAUGCAAACCAAAGCUGGUCCUGACAGGAAAAACAAAUGCAGCAAACCACACAAUGUUCCCUCUUUGUUCUGUAUUGGCUGGUGUGUUAUUUAAAGGCUGGUUUCAUCUGUUUCAGAAACUUUCUGGACGCAGCGUUAGCCCUGGUCUGCAGAUGUUUGGCCAGUCAAUCUCGGGGGAUGUGGACAUGGAUGGCAACGGAUACACAGGUAUGAGAUAAAGGUUUAAAAGGACAGCUUAUCAGGAACAUCAAACGGGAAGGACUGAGAUGGACUGUUCAUCAGCCUCAUGGUUGCAGGCCGUCUUUCUCUCUCUGCAGAGACUCGUGAUAGAGGCAUCUUGUUUACUGCAUUCCUCAGCUGACAUUCAGAUACAGCCUGCAUGACUGUUUAUGUCCUCUGUGCAUUGUUUUGGAUUUGCAGGUGUCAAGAGCUUCAAGCAGAUGUCACAUAACUGUCCUGCUGAAUUCGCUUUAUUUCUGUCUUUAUCGCAGAUGUCACAAUCGGAGCUUUCAUGUCAGACAGCGUGGUGCUGCUGAGGUGAGUGGCUGACUCAGUAAUUUGUGACCCUGCAGGAUUUCUUUGCCUCCUCUGCCCGGUCUUGAUCUCUGGUUUCUCCCACUCUGUGUUCCUGUGUUGGUUAAUGUGGUUGCAGGACCAGGCCUGUCAUUACGGUGGACGUCUCCAUCUUCCUGCCCGUCUCCAUCAACAUUACAGUGCCGCAGUGCCACGAGGGCCAACACAACCAGAACUGCUUCAAUGUCACCGUGUGCAUGCGCUUCAGAGGGAAACAGCUCCCCGGACAGAUAAGUGAGGAAAACUACCAAACAGAAGUCUUUAAACUCUCAUUUUGGAUCAUAAACUAGAUCAUGAGUUCUCCUUUGAGGAAUAAUCUGACAUUGACUUUGAAGAUUUCUCGCACACAGGUAGAAGUUUGAACCAUGUUGUCUGUGUUUUAAUAUGGAGCCAAAUCCAGGAGCAGUUAGCUUAGCUUAGCAUCAAGACAUGAAAACAAGGAGAGAAAGUUCGACGCUCUGCAAAAUUAAAACAAACACCUGCUCUGACCUCUAAAUCCUAGAGAUUAACAGUAAAGUUAAAUUAAUGCUCCAAGUUUGGUGAAUUGAACUUGACUGAUAGUUGUUUUUUUUUCACCGGCUCUUCUCUCAGCCCAGCGAGUGGAAGAUUUUACUCAUAAAAAACAGAUUUAUCAAGAUUUUCCAAACACUGACUGUGAGCUGAACAAUCAGACCAUAUUUUCUGUUGAGAUAACGGCAGCUCAGCUGGCAGCCCCCAAAGCCCCACCAACAACAAAUAUCUACGGGACAUUAAAACAUUUCCAACACAUUUAUACUACGAUAAGAGACAGGACAGUGGAAAGAGUGAGUGAGUGAUGACUGGGCUGAAAAAGAGACAUGUUUUGGUGUCUGUGUUCGUUAUUUCUUCCCAGAGAAUGUCUGGGACUUGUUCAUUUUAGUCAGCCAGUGAUCUAGAGCUAAUAGCAGCUCGGUUUGCAGCCCCCACAGUCCCCCUAAAUACUUAAAAUAAGCUGUACAUUACCAUCCAAGUACUUUCAAGCUAAAUCACUGCUUCUUUAAUAUUUCUUCCCAGGGAAUAUCAGGAAGUCAGUGAUUUAAGUUAACCAGUGGUUCAGGGUUACCAGCGGCUCAGUUCGCAGCUCCCAAAGUACCUGCAAACACCAACAGUCGAUAGGAUAGUACCAGGCAAAUAUGUAAAAAUGUUUUAAGUCAAGCCAAUUAAUAAUUCAGUGAUAUGACAAAAUGAGAGAUUUCAGUCAGAUAGACGUAGGUGGCAACUCAGCUCACGGCCCCCAGAGAUCUUUAAGCUCCACUGUGAAUUAUUAGGACACAAACAAAAUGAAUCUGUAUUUACCAACGAGAAUGAUCUUUAAUAAAAGAGUUUUUAAUCAGCCAGAAGUUUAUGGAAGCUCAGCUCACAGCCCCCAGAGAUCUUUUAUUUUUAAUUUAAGCUCUAAUAUAUAAUGAUUAGGCCAUAGACAAAGAAAAGCUGUAUUCACCAAUGAGAACAAUGUAUUAAUAAGAGAGACUUCGCUCAGCCAGAAGUUUGUGGCAGCUCAGCUCACAGCCCCCAAAGUUUUCAAAAGGCUCUGAAAAUUACUCUGCUUGGUCUGUGUUUUCACAUGUUUUAAUUUGGAUAAUUUGACCACCAGCUGAGAAAGCUUACUGUAUAUUUACCCUAAAACAAGAUGAACAUGAGGCACCAGUUUGGUGUGGUCGUUAGUGCGAGCAGAGGCUACAGUUCCUCAUCAGCCUGGGCGAAUGAUCAGUUUCCCGAACAUGUCAUUCCCAACCCUCUCUGCACUUUUUCUCUCACUCACGAGCCGUCCAGGCCAAAAAAAAAGGCAAAAAAUCCCCAAAAGUAAAAGAAACCAGCUGGACAUUCAGCAACAAUUAGGCAGCAGCUCAGCUUGUAGACCCCUCUGCAUUCUUAUGCUCACUGAAUAAGACUUUUUUUUUCAUCAAACUGAUUUAUUCUGUGUUUUUUAUUGAUGUUAAAUCACAGAGUCUGCUUCUUGUAAAAUCCUUGUGGACUGUAAACACAUGAACCCAAAGUCUUCUUGACUGAUUGUUGGAGUUGUUGACUCUAAGAGGGCGAUCCGACUUGUUCCAGUUACGUGCUGCAUUUCUCGGCGACCUGCAUCCAGGCACAGUGCACUUAGAAAGUCAUACAUUUCAGCUGUCAGUUUGUGUUUUGGGGAAUCCGCAUUCAUACUACUUGAACCUUUAGUCAGUUAAAGUGGGUAAAUUUGUAAAUAUGAUCCUGCUGAGCAAUUCUCCCCGAGUUUGGAGACAGUCAGUGUGGUUAGCCUUCGGGCUCAGAGUCGGCGCGUUUGGCCGGCGUUUUACUCUUCAGCUUUUGCUAACCGGCUGGAGGGCGCGGUGCCUGUUGAGUGGUGAGGUGCGGUCCUGUUCCAGUGUUUGGGUGUGGUUACUCGCAGCCCUCCACCCCCCAGGGAACCAGGAGCCCUGUUGUUACAUAAUGACUGUGUCCUGGCUCUCAGGAAUAAAGCCUCUCUGUUUGGCUGUCUGGAGAACAUCGUGGAAAGAGCAGCAGCAUGUGUUUGGUGACUCCUUUAAUGAAACCUUCCUUUGCCUCCUCUGGAGUGAGCUCAUGGCGUUCCUGCUGUCGGAGGGAGGAAACAGAGAGGCUUUGGUCCAAGUGGGGUGUGUUCACCACCCUUCCCACUGUUUUACCAGUGUGACACCCUCCUGAGGCAAUUACUACAGACUGAGGCUGAUUCAUCCAGAGGGGUGGAUUUGAAAAUGGACAGAAGCCCAUGUAUGGUUUUUCCUGGAAGUGUCGGUAAUGUUUGACAUCAUGCUCUUGAUUUUUAAGUCAGAAAAGACUUGGAGCAGCUCUCAGUGUCUGAAUGUCUCGUCUGAGCCCAGGGGUGGAACCAACGGGAAUGUUUUUAUUGAAAUGUCUUCUUUCACAGAAAUACUACGCCUGGCCCGACAGCAGGAACAUUAAUUUCCUUUUUUAGUUAAUCUUAGUCUGUUUGUUUUUUUCCCCAUUCUACCUGUCAGUAGCUGGUUUUAAUAAAUCGCUUUAACUCUGGAGAUUUUCUUCAUGUUUUCACUGGCUUAUGAGUGAAAAAUUACACCGAAUUAUUUCACUGAAUCUACUGUCAUUUGUGCAGUUUGUACACAAACAUCCGAACACAAAGAGCUCUUGUUAAGUUAAAGUGAUAUCAGAUGAUUCGACCAUUAAGUGUUCCCAUCCUCCCUCUGACUAACACUCAUUCAUAAGUGAUAAUUGAUCUCUUCCCCAUGUUUUGAUGGCAAUCACGGGCAAACCAAACCCUGCAUACUUCAAGAGUUUCUCAGGCUUAUCUAAGAAGUCAAAUAACCACCGCUGUCAGCUAGUGUUAAGUCUGACAGUGUUUGUCUUUCUUGUCAGAUCUGCUGUAUAACCUGACAGCUGAUGUGGAUAAGCGUUUGAAGAGCCAGCCUUCCAGGAUCUACUUCACCCAGAGUGGAUCCCAGAUCAGCCAGAUGAGCCAGCAGCUCAGCCUGGACAUCAACCGGGAGGAGUGCCAGCGCUUCACCGCCUAUGUGAAGGUAAGGCUGGAUUUUCUGGUCUUAGCGUUGGCCGGCUGUGUUUGUGUUUGUGUUGGGUUGUCCAUGUGCUUCUUGUGUCCUCAGCUGAUCUUUCUCAUGACCUUGAUCGCUCUCGCUCCGCAGUGUUGACGUGUGAUAGGAGUUAUUUGCUUGUGUGGUUUGUUUUCGGUUGGAGCAUCAGAGUCCAUAUUCUUCCAGCUAAAAUGUUGACAGAGUUGGGAGAUCAUUCGGUCCCCUCUCGGUUCCAAAUUCUCUGGCACGGUGUUAGAUGUGGAUUUCAUAACUCCCUAUAACGAGCAAUGGUUUGAUCUAUGGUUUGUAUGUGUGCACAUAUAUCCCUCUAAUUAUCAAAGAUAAUUUCACAAACCUUCAUUCUUUGGGUUCAUUUAAAAACCUUCAAGAAUCACAGACGGUAAAACUCCAAAUCAACAUGAUGAUGGAAUUUUCCAGGAAGGACUAUCAUCCUUUCCAGUAAAAAUAACCCCAGAAGAGCUCGGUCAACUAAUUAUUUUUCAACAUCUCUGUGAAGACAAAUACGGAUGAUUUAAUGUGAGUGAUUAACUUUUGUAAAAUCAGCUCUAUUAGUGCACUUUUAGAAAUGUUUUGGAAGUCAUGGAAGCCUUAUCCUCUGCUCCAAAAUAGAAGGAGGACCACAUGACUUGUUAUCAGUGCACAGCUCAAAAACAAACACCCAUGCAGUUACGGGGAUGUGUGGGAGCGCAUGGCAUUGGAGGAUAACACAUCCAUGGGGAAACAUGUGCUGCCAUCCAAACAAUGACUUUCUCAGGGAAGAGUUUCUUAUUUCAGCAAGACAAUGACAAACCACAACAGUAUGGCUCUGUAGUAGAAGAGUCCACAUGCUAGUUUGGCCUUCCUGCAGUCUGUUUUGUCACCAGUUUGGUGCAUCAUCACACAAAAAUGACGACAAAUGAGGCUCUGAACUGUUGAGCAGCAAAACUUUCUAUUCUUUCAAAACUCCAGAAACUGGUUUUCUUGGUCCCCGAACAGUUUUGUUUAAAAAAAGAGCAAACAUGCCUCAGUCCAACCUUUUUUGACAUGUUUCUAAUGUCGUCAAAUUUAAAAUGAGCAUAUAUCUUUGAAAAUGAAGGUUCAGUCUCAGUAUUUGAUAUGUUGUCUUAAGACUAGGUUCUGUUACAUUUGGGGUUUAAAUGAUUUGCAACCUAUAAAGUUCUGUUCGAUCAAAAUCCAAGUGUGUAGUCCAUAGAAAAUAAAGUGCAUGAUCAGUUAGAAUGAGAGAGGUCACAUAUCUCUCCAAGGUUUAAGAGCAGUGGCGGCUGUAGCUGAGACGUCUGUAUUAAAAGACCAAAGCUGGAAAGCUCUGAGUGUCUCCCUGCUGGCUGAGGUCAAAGGUAAGAGUCAGGCGCUUGAAACCAUGCUGCUCAAGAGUGCGUCUGCAGAACCGGACAGGAAACAGAGUCUCCAUUGUCGCUGCAUAGUCCUUCUGUUGUGUCCCUCUGUGAUUUGGCCGUGUACCCUCAGAGAGAGUCCUCGUCCUGAGGGCAACGUCCUCCUGUAACACGGAGGCCCACAGCGGGCCGGUAAAUUUCACAGGCAUUCUUAACUGUGCUCUCCAGGCGCUUUCACUGUGGGAGGCUGAGCUGCUGACUGAGGGGGGCUGUCAUUACCACGCCUGCCUCUCCUCCUUCAAGCAGUCAGACUAUAAUGAGAAUAUAUCACACAGAGCAGGUUAGGCAAUAACCUCCUUUACUGAUCACAAAACAUACACGUUACCUCCUUCACUGGAGUCUGGUGUGUGUUUAUUCUGCUCUUUAGUAAAACCUGGGUGGAAAAAUCUAACAUUUAAAAAGUAAUUCUCACUUUCCUCUGUCUGAGUUUCAGCCCACAGCGCUCUAACACACAGUUUAGUCAUGCAAAGUAGAGUCUAUGUCAAUCUGACAUUUCAACACUUGAACCAAACAUCCUCAGGUUGGUGGGUGGGCGAGUGAAUUAUCACUCAGAUGUGGUUCUUUGCUGCCAAGUGUCUGUGGCACACUUACGCUCUGAGUGCCAUCCAUUGAGCCAAAAGUUACCUCAAGGAUGAGCGAUAUUUUGCAGUCCAUUUGUUUUUUUUUCAGACAUUAAUGCCGCGGGGUAAAGUUACACUUUGAUGCUGGGAUAGUUCGGGAACAUUUGGAAUAUUUUCAGUGAUACUUUUAUUUUCCUUCAUGCUUAGAAUAAGAGAAAGCAAAACCAGUCCAAAGUCUGUCCGUUCAUGUCAGCGGUUAACUUUAUAUAGACAAAACUAAGCAGGUGUUUUGGUCUGAUACUUGUAAAAAAAAUGUUGAGGUAGAUUUAGAAUAAAUAAAUAAAAGUCUCUCAAGAUAUUAUAAACCAAAACAAGAACUAGAUAAUUUAUGAGUCACACAAUCUUCUGACAAUGGGGUUAGCAAAAUGUACUAGUUGGUUUCUUUGAGUUUUAGAUGUUUAGUCUUAUUGAAUGUAUAAAACUGAGAUCUCAGCUAACUAAUUUAGUUGUUGGAGCAUUAUUCAUCACUUUAGCAGAGUGAGCCAACUUGGAAGUGCCAACUUUAUUCUGCGUUUCAAUUGUAUACAAAGGUGAACUAGACAUGAUAAUUAAUUACUGAUUUUUAAAGGAACAUUGUCUUACUAAAAAACAAGGAUAGAGUCUGGGACAUCUGGCUUAGUUUAGACCAUACAGUCAUGGCAGGAGGGAAUCUACAGCUUGUAUUUUUCAUUACAUUUAAAAGAAACUGAAGUUGACAUAAUGUGCAGUAUUAGAGUCCUGUUUGUUGGUGAAUUUUGUUCUCUUAGGAAAAACUGAGCAAGUUGUCGCCUCUCGUCUUGGUGCUGGUUUUGUAUUUGAAUAAAAUUAUGAGUGUUGUAUCAAUCUUGUUGUCUUAUUCUGAGCAAAAGACGUAAAACUGAAGAGCAUAGAAAAGCAUAGAAACCUUCUUUGACUCUCAGUGUAUGUACGUAUGCAGAUGACAUAAUUAUUUUUUCUUAAUUAUGGACUUCGGUGGAUAAAGUUUCAUUUUUCUCGAGCCUGGAGUGUUUGGGUUAUAGUAUUUGGAUUAACUUUACAGUGAUUUUUUGGGCUUGAAGCUGCGGUGGGAUCCUAAUACUGAGAAGCCACACAUGAAGUUGGAGGUGUGGCACCUGAAAUCACAACAUUUCUCCUCUGUUUACAAGCUGAAUGAUCUCAGACAUGGCUGAAAAGUAAAGGGACAAAGGUAAUGACCCAGCGUGAUAGCUGUCAGCCCUGAGUCUCAUCAUCAAACACCUCUGACCUGGAAAGCAGAAUCACCAUAAUCAGAGCUGAUCUGGCUCUGCUUUAAAGAGGGUCUAGUCCGCCUGACCAAUGGCAUCGUUUAUCUUCCUCAUGUGUCUGCCCACAUGAGCCAGUCCUCCUUUUCUCCCUGAAGAGGUAUGCUAAUGGAAACCAGCUGGUUUCUCCACUGCAUCCUCAUGGGAGGUUGCGCCCCCGCCCCACCCUUCACUCAGCUCCAACAUGCAGUGAAAACGCAGCAGAGGCUCACGUCACAGCAGGGUGUCUGGGCUGCUGUUGUGUCAACUGGAGCUGCACGCUGGCGCUGCUGAUGGAAAACCCUCACGUCAGGGUUGAUUGCUGGAGCCCUGAUGCAUGAGGGCCGGUGGAAGCAGGCCAUGUGCUAUUCUGAGCCACUCUCACGUUCGUAACUCCUCUGACCAUUUGUCGACCCCAUUUGUUGUCGUUUCAAAUAAUAAAACCACUUUUAAAGGAUCUCAGUGUGCGGAUAAACUCCACAAAGCGCAAGUUGUUUCUGCUCAUCAUAAUGCAAAUGCAGCAACGAGAGCAGAGCGGGCACGCUCAAUUUUCACCAUCUGAAAUCAAGUAGAAGCUUGAUCUGCAGCCAUUCAGUAAAUCACGCAGCGCUGAGGGAACAGGAGUUAUCCAGAGAGCGUACAGUACAGAAGCUAAUGGUUCACAUUUAAAGAAAAAACUCACAAGCUUAAUUCCUUCUCAAAUUAUGCAAGUGCCUCUUGUUGAUCAUUUAAAACAUGUUUUCUUUGGCAGUGACCUGCAGCAUACCAGCCUCCAGAUGGUCUUUGUUUGGUUAUUUUUAGCUAAAUAAACUCCUCGUAGGCUUUUGACUUAAGUUGUACCUCACAGUCUGAAAGUAAAAACAGUUCCGAGCAGCGAUGACUGAUAAAUUAUCUGGGUCCAGAUGACCAGAGGGGCUUUUCAAUGACUCAUUUCCCAAAACUACCACGACUUUGAGGAGAAAUCUUUCACUUUGAGCUGUAGUGUUGUAGUGCAUGAUUGUACUCUCAGGUAUGGCACAGUUUCAGCUCACUGUUAGUCACAGUAAAAUGAAAUCGCUGGAAGGUUUUGAAUGUUAUUCAUGUUCGACUGGAUGCCUCGGAAAUGAAGCUUUAUUAUCGUGGGAUCACAGAUGGAAAAUCUCUCUGCAGGGUGGGCACGGAAACCUGACGAGCUGCCAGUGCAGCGAAGGAAACUUGAUUAGAUUAAUGCAGACGGCUUUGUUUAAAUCUCAAACUCAUUUGAUAGCAAAUAAACUCAAUAACUUUAACAGUCAUGGCUAAUUCUUACCUGGAAGAAGUGCAAACAGGCAAGUGAGCAAGAGAUUGUUCAAUAGUUUGACUUUUUGAAUCUUUUUUAACGUAUUUUACAUCGAAGUAUCUGCAUCCAGUAUAUAUGAAUUUAUGAAUGCAACAUGCUGAAGGGCUGGGCGAUAAAUCAAAAAUUUAACGAAACAGAAAUUUACCUCGUAAUUUUGUCCAUAUUGGUAUAUUCUGUGUCAAAUAAAAGUUAGUUUUAGAGGUGAAUUGCUCAAUAUAUCGGGAUAUUGAUUUGAGGCUGUAUCACCCAGCCCUAACAUGCUGUGCAAAACACCACAGAGACCAAGCGAAAGGAAACGUCAUAACCUCUAAAUCAUGCUAUAUUACAAUGUUUAUGUCUUUCUUCGUGCCAUGUGCUGAGUGGAGGCCAUCAGUGCCCAUAGAUUUAACUAAAAACAGGUGUAGUGUGGAGGCAUACAUCUCACUAUAAACUCGAAAGUUAAUUUUUCAUCCUGUGAAGCACUGUUUAGGCGCAGGCUGGCUUUUACAGCUCACUUAGCUUUGAUUUAUGACUCCUCUCGUUGAAAACGUUGUAAGUAUUCAUUUGUUAACUGUUCUGCACUUCUUCCCUGAUCACAUCAUACGGCGUGUUUACAUCUCGAGCCAUUCAUCCAUCGUCAUGUACACGUUUUUUUUACUCGCAGCACGUGAGGCUUGAACUCACGCCAAGAGUCCGCUCCAUUUGUGGUCAUGGAUGGUAUUGUGUGGCUGCGUAGACGCAUCACAGUCUCCAAGGAGGAGCUAAAAUAAGCAGCUAAAGCCCUGCCUGUAACAGUUGUCUGUUUAAUUUAGCUCGUAAAGUAUCCCGCUCACUUUCCCCCCUCCUCUCUCCUCUGGCCUAUAUUCCACUGAGUAUGUGGCCUAUAUCUCGUGUCCCCUAAAACAUUUGCCGCCGUGCACUACUGGAGUAUUUAAAGCUCCAUCAAACUACACCAAUGAAUGCUGUGUUUAUUAGUGCAUGUGUAGGAUGAACAUCUAUCUGUCAAAGCUUAAUGCAUGGAGGUCUUCACCAGCCCCAAAUGACCGAAUGGAAAAACUAAAGACACGUUGGAUUUGAGGGAUACAGCGUGUGAGAUUUUCAGAGUGGGUAGACGAUCUGGGGAUACAUGAAGUCGCAUUAGUUAUCCGGUUCUCUAUAGCAUCUGCUCAGUAAUUCAAUCAUGUGGAGGUAAUUGUUUUACCUACAUGUAUGUCUGCUUCUUAGCAACUGACUGUACCUAAUCUCAUAUAGCCAAACGAAUCAUCCCCAUACUGUUGUGGAAACAUAAAACAGUUUACUGUAGAACCUUUGAAUUUAGCCUUGCCUAUCUACCUAACAUUUUAGUUUGGCUGCUUUUCCAUUAAUAUAGUUAUACACAGCUUAUGGGUGUUACUUUUUACACAGCUGUGUAGUCAUGUUUCAUCCCAGUAGUUGUGCUUUUAUAGAAAACGCCUAAAGCUAGCCGUUAUCUCCCCUUAAUAGCUUUAUGAGACCUAACAGUUGAGAUACAAACCUUACAAAGGAGUCAUCAGUGGCGUGGCGAGCACAAACAGCCAUGUUGUGGCUGUUGUCGUCACGGUAACGUAAAAGUGUCCACCAUAGCUUUGAUUUCCACUCCACAAACAAAGGAACACUUAAGAGAAACUUUCCAGGAUGUGCUGAAUUAAAGUGCAGAGUCGAGGAAAAAGCCAAGCAGGGGUGGGCAGGUCUUUGACAGAGCUGACAGGUGGGCUCGUCUGUUAACAUCGCUUUAAUGAUGGGAUGGGACAACCUAAAACAAGGUUGGGGCCAAGUCUUCCUAUGUUCUCAGAGAAGCCAGAAGACUCGUUCAUGUAUCUGAUGUUAGGAAGCUCUGGUAAGAUUGAGUGUGGACUUCCAACGGCAUAAUAGGUCUUCAUUACAGAGACUAUAUACGUGUCUUUCCAGAUUUAAGUCCUCUCUUAUAAGAAGACCGAUGCUGUUUCUCUCGAUGGCAGCUUCUGUUUUUGCUCUUUGACCUUAUCUCUAUACUUUUUUCGGCUCUCUGCUUCCUUUGCGCAUCAUGAAAAGGAGACCCUGCUCUUGCAGCUUAUACCGGCUUAGCUUGCGGCAAUCUGCUGCUGGAGGAUUAAGGUCUGAGGGACCUGGUCUCUUUAGAUGUUUUGAAACAUAGUCUGGAGGCUUUUAAGGAAGAUGCAACAGGCUCCAGAUGCUUUGAUUGAUGACUUUCUGUUUAGUGAUUCAGGAUGUGUUGACCGGUGUUUGUUAUGUGCCGUACUUAAGUUGAUUGACAACUUCUCAAACAGUUUUGGAGCUUUGUUUUGCACUCCCGAAGAAUUCAAAGCAUUUGCAAAACACUCAUUGACACUUUCUCUUUGACCUUAGUUCACUUCCAAAAGUAAAACAGGAAACCUCGGAGGGUAUGUCAGGGCAGGAGUUCCUGUUGUUGCAUCCCAAAUAUCCUCCAGAAAGACAAAGUCCCGGAGCCUCCACGCCGUCUGGCACGUGGAAACCCAGAGCUGGGACGCUGCCACACUGCCUGCUUUGUUUGCCCCUUUACAGUUCAACAGAAACGUGCAAUUCCCCUGACACUGUUCCCCUGGUUUCAUUUACCUCGGGCCAACAGAGCUGAUACAAUGAAAGUAUAUAGCAGGAAGUUAAUCAAACCCAGCUGUCCCCUAUUACACAUGGCAGCCUGUCAGCCUCCAAUUCUAAAGAAUUUUAAGCGUAAGAAAGUAAAAAUACUCCUGAGCGGAGCGCCUCGACUAUAAAUCGAGUGGAAAAUAUUGUAGACACCACCAUAUAUGUGUAACUUAAGGUUAAAGUGCAAGCUUUGUCUGCAAGUAUUAGUGUUAAUAGCAUUUACUGGAAGCUAAAGACGAGCCAUUCAGGCUAAAUUUAGCUCAGGGUAAUAUUUUGGUCAGGAUUUCCCUACAUGGUUGUGCCAGAGUGAACAUUAAACAGUUCUUCUCCGGGCUUGUUUUGGGAGUGAGCCCUCUGCAGACUUCUGUGACGACAAAAAGUGCAAUUUCUCAUGAAGUGCCUCUCAUUGGUGCAAAUAAACUCUGCGCUCGUUGCCGUAGUAAAUCCAUCAUUGUUACCCGUGUCAAGAUAGACCAAAGGUCGGGGCGGAUUUUGAUGAGUUGUUGAUUUUGGCCGCAAAGCAUGCUGGGCAAAAUGUUUCCGCUGUCUUUUGGCCGCUGCGCUGCCACACGAUGCCACCGCAAGGCAACGUAAUGGGUGGCCAAGUCUGACCACAAUGAAAGAGUCUCUCCUGCCAUGUUUCCCACUUCCACUCCAGAGGAAACAUACAUGCAUGUGUGUGUGUGUGUCUGCAGUCUGAAUGUGUUGAAACCGAAUGUCAUAAGUGCUGCCUGUGACGGGGCCGCUGCACACCAGGAAAAGACUGUGAUUACUUCAUCACUUGGCCUCGUUAUCAGGCUUCCUUAACCCAUAAAAACAGAGGGAGGUUUUUACACAAUCCUGUUCAACUCAGCGUAAAUUAAAAACUAUAACGGCUCAUGUCUUUGUUCUUUGGAAGGCUUUGUUCGGUCUUUGGCAUGAAGACGCUGCUCUUACUUUGAAAAUACCAUUGUGUUUUCUGCCUGUUGUAAACAGACCUGGAAGACUUUAGAGUUUUGAAUCUGAAUCAUCCGAGAAUCUGAGACUCUACUGUCAGUUAACGUGCAAAUUUAGGUGAUGCAUUCAAAGAGGCAAAGCCAAGGGGUGUCCAGGGUCAGAAACGAUCCAGAUAUAUCGCCUAAUUGAGCUUUAACUUUCCUGUGAUUAUAAACAUACAGACUGAUUUCCUGUUUGUUCAUCAGGCUGAAUGUACAACACAAAACCACAGCGGUUGUUAUGUAGUCCAGACAAUCUUACAGAAAGCAUUUAAAGCUGCUGUGCAGAACUUUUUGAUUGUGUUUGUUUUUUGUGCCACCUGUCGCUGAUGAUCUUCAACUAAAUUUUAAAACUGUUUCACGACCUGAAAACUUCGUAUAGAAACUUUAAAGACUCUUAAAGACGAAAACACGUGAGUAAAACUUCCAAUAAGCACCAUAUUUCUUCUGCAAAUGUCUUGAAAUACCUUUGCAAACUUAUCAUCACAAUAUCAAGGUCCAAAAAUGGAAAACUCAUGCAGGGUUGAUGCAUAACUUCUGCAUAAGCUCGCUUGGUUGGUUUGUGCAUGAUUAAAUUUAGGAGUGUUUAGAACACUUUUAAUGCUUUUGUCAGUUAUUAUUGUUUACAAAUAUAAUCUUUUCUCAGAUUUGAAAAGGUUUUGAAGAUACUCAAGAAACGUCAUCACAUCACAUUUCAGAGGGUUAACAACCUGAUGGCAACCCUGUUAUCACUUCCCUCUACUUGACCCAUUUGUUGAUAUGAGUGAUUAUUCCUGUGAGGGUGGCGUCAACUUGAAAUUCUGCUUCCUGCAAAAACAGGCGAGAUCUGCCUUGAAGGAAGAGGAACCAGAACAUACACGCAAGACUUUUGUUUACGUCCUGCGCAGACUGUAACCAGACUUCAUUAGGAGGAUUUGAUGGAUCUGUGCGAGCGUUUUGCAGCUUUAUCAGAGCCGUGUCUAAAAACAAUGGACCCAACAAUAACAGUGAGGCUAAAGCGUCCCAGAUUUUGAGCGCAGUGACGAAACCAGCCGCAGGAAGCAUCUGGAGAGCUGCUCUGUCACCAGGAUGGAGUGGACUCAAACAGACACACAAACACACCAGACUUCAUUUAAAAAAACGGCAUUUUAAGCUGCAGCUUUAUGAUAUUAUUGCUUAUGGUUCUGCAAAGGUUUCUAAUGAAUGCAUGUUAACACCGUGCUGCAUUGUUAAAACUGUUGUUACAGGAUGCAGAAAUCUGCAGCUGGCUUCAUAACUUUGAUGGAAAGAACUUAUUUUUUGUGGGGAAUGUGCUUCUGCAAUUAAUUACAUAAGAUUUCAGAUAACGAGCUUCCUGUUUAUGCUCGGAGACGGGUUAUCUUGAUGUUGAAGGGAUUUCAUCUCUCAAAGGCAGGAAGUCUUCAGAUGCUUGUUGUUCUUUCUUAACAGCAACAAAAUCAGAAAUAGAAAUAUGAUGUUUAUAGUCAAAGAAGUUUAUGACAACCAUCCCACCAAAAGAUCAGCUGGAGUCGGUGUGAAAUGUACAAGAAGAUUCGCACCGUAAAUUUAUAAAGCAGAGCAGCUUUUGGCUCUAAGACAUUACAAUCAUUAAAUCUUUGAGAAAAUUCACUUUUUCUUAUUUUCUGAACAGAAUUUAAUAGCAAGAGUAAGUAGCACUAACUCAGUAUAUUUACAUGCACAGUUAAGAUUAGCUACGGUUAAAGCUUGAGUAGGUGAGUUUAAGUGUACUACUGUCUUUAAACAGCUGGAGCAACAUGUUAGCAAGAGGCUAACAGGAUGUACGUCAAAUAUUGAAAACAGUCACUUUUACAGCUCUUUACCGUUUUUACGCUGGGAAAGGACUUAUGAGUUUAUGUGAUUUUAAAAAGAUCGGUUUCAGACGGACUAAUACAAUUUGACUUGAGCAGAAGUUGGAAGUAAAGUUUUUUGUACUUAUUUAAACAUUUUCUCCCUCUUUUUCUUUUUUUUUUGUUGGCUUUUCUUCUUUUCUUUGUUCCUUGAUCAAUUCCUCCUCUUUUUCUUCUUUUUUGUUGUUGUGUUAUCCUAAAGUUCUUGUCAUUUUUCUUCUUCUUGUCCCUCUAUGUUCUUGUCUUAUAGUGGUUGACCGAUAACAGUUUUUUAAAUGCUGAUCACUAAAGAGGAGGUCAAGAUUUAACCCCAGUAUCUUGUUGGUUUUUUGGAUUUAAUAAAUUAUAAAAUUUAUUGAUAAUAAUCUGAUACACAUGAUAUUUAUCAACUGUUAUGUGGAACUAACAAUAACGAGGAAGUUAGUGUUGCUCUAAAGCAGUAACUCUGACCAGGCUGCCUGCAGUGUAUGCAGAUGUUCCUCUAUUCGUUUGAUCCUAAUGUUCUUGUUUUUGUACUUACAGUUGUUUCACUAUUUUCAGUUCCUCUUUUUCUUCUUGUUGUUCCACUUUUUCUCCCUAUUCUCUCACGUUUUCUUGUUUUUCCUCUUUUUGUUUCUUGAAUUUCUCCUAUUCCAGUUUCACUCUGUCCUGUUUAUCCUUGUUUUCUCUCAUUGUUAAAAGCAGCUGUACGAGUCUGAUAUCCAUUAUCACCUUAAUCUGCCUGUAUCGUGGACUCAGAGGUGACUAAAGCCACCUUGUUUCUAUUUGAUCCUCCAUCUUCAGGCCUCAUAUCUGCUUCCAUAAAAGGACCUCAUCUGGAUUCUUCUCCUUUUUCCGGCUCCGUCCGGGUUUGUUUUGCUUCUUCGGGGAGCCAUGCAUGUGUCCUGGCUGUGACUCCAUACUGAGUCAGUCUGGUUACAAUAGAGCCCUGUGAGGGGUCAAAGGUAAAUGAUGAUGGGGGCUUUAGGUUGGGAAUUCAGGGAAUGAAGGGGGUUUAAAUCCUGAAAACCUCUUUGACUAAUUUCCCUUCAGUUCUGCUCCUGCUGCUGCUGCUGAAUUUAUUUCCAGGGUAACUUUACAGCUUUGGGGUUAUUAAGAACCGUGAAAUCCUUGCAAAUGAGACUUAACUAUGACGCUGAAAAUAGCAGCAAAACAAAGAACACGCUGAGAGUCUCACAAUGAGAGGAGUAACUGAGAUUUGAGGGAACACAUCUGUGUAUUUAUAGGUGUCUGGCACAGUUUCAGCUGCAGAUAUUACCCUGAUUCAGCUAUAGUUAGCUUUGGCGCUAAAUCAAGUUGUUGUUGAUGGAAUGCAGUAAAAAUAACACGCUGAUGAAUUUGGUGUGUUUGAGCAGUAAACCUAUUCCAUCUGCAGAGUUCCAGCGGGGAAGUGAGGCACCUUUUCUCUCCUCCUUUUAUAAAUCCCAGCUGUGGUUUUAACUGUCCAGAGGUCAAAUGUUGAAUGCCUUCUUCAUGAUGCAUGCGAGGCCGUAAAAGUUUCCUGUAAUUUGUGUUUACGUGAGCACUGUUUUAAAAAGCUGUAAAUUUAAUCCGCUCAGAUUCUGCAGGGAGAAGGAGAUGUAUAUCUGCUUAUCUGCACCUCUGGGAUCUUUACCGAGGAGAGUCGUUUUACCUAGAGUCUAACGUGAAGAGGUGUGUGCUUUAGUUUUCUGACCCGGAGGGGAAACAGUGGACUUGACAAGGAUUUUAAACAUCGCAGCAUGUGCAAAUGAAUCUUCCUGUGUACACGCUGCGUCUACAACGCUGUUUCUGUUUAUUGGUGUUUGUUCGUGAUGCGGCCUCAUGCGUGUCGGCGCAGAUGGUCCACGUUUCCUGUCAGUUAAGUGAUGUCCCUCUCCUGUUUUUGGCCAGGAGGAAACAUGUGAUUGCUCAUAGGAGAUGUUACAAAACAGCAAACGCAUCAAGCAGCACUCAGCCUCUCUGAGGGUUUGGAUUUCGUAGAUUUAUGUUUUUGCCGAGAAAAGCAGGCCAAAACCUGACUCAGAGGCCGGGGUUCAGAAAAACAGCUGAUCAUUUAUUCUUAUCUAUUUUUAUCCAUUUUCUCUGCACUGUGGGGUUUUUAUCUCCUUGAAAUACACUUAAAAAGUGGGAUUGUCUUUGAGUAAUGAAGCCUUCUCAUUUUUUUUAUCCAGCUUAACACCGUUGUAUUUACAAUACUUGCUCUAAAGCUGUAAAAUCCACUCAUUUCGUGAGACCUUCAGUAAACAGUUUGUUUCUAUGACAUCCAGGGGCUUUUCUGUUACCAUAUGAAUAUAUGUUCUGAGAGAUUAAGGUAAACUGUGAAGGUUUAGGUAUAAAUUUAAGUGAAAGAGUUUCAUUUCUGUAGUCAGCACACUUAAGUUUACAGAGAACGACACUUUUUUAUUGGUUUGUUGGCCGGUCUGAGGCUGUCUGCAAUCAGCUGACCUGGAGAUAUCCAGUUUUGAAUGAGGGUUGACCAAGAAACAUAUAUCACAGUCUGUUUUUAGUAUAAAAGUACCUAAAAAGACUGGGCUGCCGCUGACCUAUCAUGCAUCUGAUGUACAAUGGCUAUGCCCCGCUCUCUCUCCCGCUCUCCCUGUUUCCCACUCUGUUUACUAUCCUGUCCUCUCCAAAUUAAGGCAAAAAGCCCCAAAAUAACAAAAUAAGAGAAGAAAUACAAAAGAUAGAGCUGUUUUGAAAGGACUAAUCUUAUUCUAGUGACAAUAAUCUGUUACUAGUAAUCUAACCUACACACCUGAUCAGUUAAAGCUCUUAUAAGGAAGUUUUCCACAUUUAGGAAAUAGACUGAAUCUUGUACUAAUUCUUUUCCAUGGUAUCCAAAGGCAAACAACACCAUCAGUGCCUAGAUUGACAAUUUUAAUCUUGUAGUUUGACUUUGUACAUGAACAUGUUAGUGAUUUUUGCAUAAACAAAAGUUAAAAACAGUUAAAUAUUUAUAGGAAAGAUUGAACAAAAGUUUAAAAAAGUCAAAUAUUUAUGGGAAAGGUUAUUUUUGGAAAUCUGUUUGUGUUGUACUUCUGGAUUUUUCUGCUUUAUUUUGUUAACUUAGUACUUAAAUAUGUUGAAGUUAAGGGCAGUUUUAUGUCUCGCUGAGGUUGAUAGGGUUCUCAGUUUCCUAGAGCAAGUAAAGGGAACAGUCGGGCCAACCCCAUACUAAAUAAGCUGGGCAUGAACAACAGCCAUGAAGAGAACCCCCAUAGAUCCUCAUGUUGGUCUUCUAUUCUAUCUGCUUUGCCUGGAGUAGCUCUCAGUAAGAAUAAAAGUGCAGGUUUUGUCUUAAAGAUAAUAUAAGAUAAACUCUGAAACCUUUGAUACUCUCAUUGAGAUGCCUGUCUGAGCUGAAGGGUGUUUUAAUACACACCAGGUUGUUGGGGGGGUGCUUUGUAUCAUUUAUCAGCUUGGUGUUCGUAUCUGGACGGACAUCUGAGAAUCAGGAGAAUCAGAUCUGACAUUAGUCUGCAGUCAGGCUGAAAUAUUUUCCAGUGGUGGAGUAAACAUGGCUCAUGCUGAAUGGCAACAGAUUUCAAAGACACACAGCUUGUAUGAGUGGUAGUCUGAAACAUUCGGGUUUGGACAGACUGACGGUAUUCAAACCAAAGGACUUUUUUUUCUUAUGCAAAACCAGGUUUCAGUCAGUCGCAGUGAUUCAUGAGCAAAGAUAGGAAUUCAUGAGCUUUAUUACCAUAACUGCUCGACUCAGACAGUGAAGCCCGGCCUCUGAUUGGUCCUUCAAAUCUCAGGUGAUUGUAGACACAGCUUCUUAGUGGUCAACAAACCAUAAUAAAGAUGGCAGCCCUCCAUUAGCAUAGUCAGCUACCAGCUGUGUAUCACUUAAUUAAGACAUAAAUCUCCACAAAUUAGCUUGUUUUCAAGGGAUUGGAUCAUGAUAGUCCCUGGAAAUACACUGAUCUGCUCUGGACUUUGGAUGCCACAGAAACAGAGGAAGUUUGUUUCCAGAUAAGCUGCUUGUUUGACAAAGAUUUAACCUGUUAAAGUAAAAAACAAAAACAAUCAGAUAUCAAUCAAAGCUUGAUCAGCCAAGCAUCCACAACCUUAAAAAUACCAAAACGCCUCUUUUACACAAGGUCUCCAAGAUCCAGAUCUUUGUAGAUUCUUAAUGAGAGCCUCAACUUUAACACGGUUGGUGCGUUUUUCAAUAUUUCAAGCCAAAUUUCCAGGUCCUUGAAAACCAUGACACCUGAGGGAUUCAGGAAUAGACAGAUGAUUUCCACAGACACAAUGAAGUCCACUCUCUGGCUGAAACAACUGAAUGUCACUCCGUCUAACUCCUACUCAGUUUGACAUUUUCAACAUCUGCUAACCUAUUCUGAGUGAGCAGCUGGUUUAGUUUGACCUGAAGUCAAUCAGAAAGAAGUUUGUACCUUUAAACCUUCAGUAAUUGUCUCACUUUUUUCAACGACAGGCGGAGAUAAGCUGCUUAAGUGCACGUGUGCCAUAUGCUGCAGACAUUAAUGUAAAUAGUUUCGAUUUUAAGUUGUCUCUUUGUGCCCCAGCGUACACGCUCAACCUCAACCCCUGACAGGCUGAAUCCAUUCUUCACUCCACUAAAAAGCUUUUUCCAUCCGAACUAAGACUCCCUGGCGUUUAGCCCUUGAAUGAAAUGGCCUCAACCUGCAAGUCAUCCAAACAUGUAUUGUCCUAAUAAGGAGCUCUGUGUGUGCGCCCCACUCAGGAGUUAAUAAAGACUUCCCAUGAGCGAGCUCAGGCUAUGUGCUUUUCAGGGAGAAUGGUUUGGCUGAGAGAAGAGCUUUUGAGCCCUGCAGCCAAGCGUGGCGCGUUAAAACUGGAGAUCAGAGCCUUUCGCUGCCUGACGUCAUACUCCCUGCACCCACCGUGGAGGAGCUGCUCUUGAAGUGUGGAGGGAAAGCUUGGUGUGUUUCCAUCGUGUUGAUCUAAUUAACGUGUGAGAAUAGGAGCGUUAAACUCCUCAUGGGAAUAGAAAAAAGUUUGGGGUACUGAAUUGGGUUCACAGAAGUCAAGUUUACAAGUUACACAAUCACUUUAACUAAGAUAUAUUUACACAAUUCGAGUUUUUGACAAUAACCGAAUGUAAAGAUGGAUGACGUAACUCCAGAUCUUCUCAUUGUACAAAAAUGAAGCCUUGAUACCCUUUGUAAGGGGCAGAGGAGUCUUGCGUUCGUUGUGGAGAGUCUGCACAGAAGGGUCCAGCUGGUGGGGUCACCAUAUUGAUAUUCUGCCUUCUUGUGCUGACCGAAACAGAUAUUUAACUUCGCCAAAAUUUAAAUGACUAUUUAACAAAGCGGAUAUCUCCAAUACGUUUUCUAAAUCUGUUAAAAAUCUAUUUCGAACAUGUUACUGGCCAACAAGAAGAACUUCUUUUAACGGGCAGAAACCUCAAGCAGGACCAGACUCAUGUUUGACAGUCAUCUGCUGCUGCUUUGGGUUUAGAGAUAGGAGGAAGAGAAAGAUGGACACAGGACUUUGUUGCAACAGUGGAGGAGGCUUCCUGAGAGCUGAGGCACCUUAAAGAGACAGCAGCCGAAAUGAAGCCUGUCAGAGAGGCUGUUAUCAAUAUUUUUAAAGGCACUAAAGCAGAGAUAGAUGAAGAAUUUUUGAGCUAAUAAUUGUUCAGAGCUGCCAGAGGGAUCAACUAAAGCCCAAAAGUAAGCAUGAUACCUUCACUUUUAUUAAAAUGAACAGUUAGGCAUAAAAUAGCAUGAUAAAAGCUUACUAUAACUGUAGAGAGCAUCUUUGAAAAUAGAGUAUUUUUUUUAAGUGUAUUCAGCAUUUUAAGUUUGACCUAUGUCCCAUCUGUUUACAUGGAGAGUGCAGCCUAUAUGGCCAAUGUUUUGGUGUCACUUUUUGGAAGCUGUCAUGUAUGCAUGCGUCCACCAUGUGUAAGCACUUAGUAACAGUUUAAAGGAAAAAGAAAACUUUCUUCUGACAGGUAGAAACCUCAAAUGAAACCAGACUCAUUGGUGGACGGCCAUCUGCAACGACCCAUCGAGCUGAGAAAGAGGGACAGAGGGAGAGGCAUAGAAAAUGAUAUAAAUAUAUCGAAAGAGAUUUACAUGAAGGAGGAAGACAGGAUGUUAUAGCAGGACUUAUUCUCCACCGUAGCUAAUAAAUGGGUCCUGAGUGUGAACAUAAACACUGGAAUUGUAUAUUGGCAGGAACCUCGCUCCUCAGAGAGAGGUGAAGGUUUGAUUCCCAGUUGUUUUUUCUGAAAACAAACAGAGUGGUAAGCUGUCCUCCAUCCUGUGUUGCUGGCCAAAUGAAUGAGCAUUGAGGGAGGAAGAGUUUGUAUCCAGAGUAUUGUAAAGAAUCACAGAGCUGAGGCAUGUAGACUUUUCACCCUUUCUUUGACAAUAUGCAGAUUCUGAAGUUUGGCCGGAAACGUUGGAAAACAUUCGCGUCCUGCUGAGUUUGCUUGGCCCAACUGGAAUCAUUAAUAAGUAAUUUUCUCAGUGUAAGGAUAUCCAAGCAGGAAAUUUACCUCUUUGUUUGGCAGCAUUUUUUCUUUCUCUGAGGAUACAGUAAAAAAACAAAUUCAUCUUGUUUCAAGCCACCAAAGUGAAAUCUCAGACUUUGUCACCUCUCUCUCUGAAACAGAUACUCAAACAUCUUCUUCAUGAGUGUUUAAAGAAUUAAGUUGAGCUUAUUUGAAUGUUGAGUUACCUUUUAAAAUCAGACAUUAUGAACAAAAAUACAAAAUUUUUAGAUUUGUUAAUAUUGGGGAUGAAAGUAGACAUGAUUAGUGUAGAUAACCCUCUUGGAUUUGGGGUCGCUCUUAAUGUUUUAGUCAAAAAAGUUAGGCUCCGCCCCUUCUGUUAAUAGAUAUACAUAAUAUUUUGCCCAUGUGCUCAACUUUAAGUCUUAUUUGUGGUGUAAACUUGUUCUUACUUGACUACAUGUGAAAGACUCCUACUCUGCAUUUGGAUCCGCUACAUUUCUUUGACCAGAAGUAUCUACACUUUGAAAGUAGUGCAGUCAUGUGCUUUGUCCACUGCUGGUUAUUAUACGCAUAAUAAGGGUGUAAGCUGGGCUGGAUUAGUGUGACAGUCUGAUAGUGGUCCUGCACUUCAGAGUGACAUCUGCGGUUAGGAACCAACUGAUACCGUUGGAGGACAAGUGGUGUACUGGUGGCAUACCACUGAGGGGACCAGCACAGGCUGUUGGCACCCAAUUGGCAUACCGUCGCCAGCUCACAUGAAGAGAUGCAUGGUGUAGCAUAUGUGGAUCACUUUUGGGUUUUGCUGUUACUCCUUAAUUCAAUCAGAUUACUUUGAAGCAUCCAGACCCUGCUGCGGAUUUGAAGGAUUUAUUUUACGAUUUUAAAAGUUCAACAUGUUCUUCACAUCGUAGAUAAAAACAGAGAUAUAUUUUUGAUGAUUUUUUUAUCAAGAUCCAGGUCAUUAAAACAGCUACAUGAGCUUUAAAGGAAAGUUUGCUGGUUGUGUAAGCUCGUGGCUGGACCUGUAAGCACAUUUUCUUUCCAGUAAGAUUGUGAACUGUAGCCUCAUUACCAAAGAAAAGGGGCCCUUAAUGAAAACCAUGGAGAGAUAUGUUUGUGAAGUAACUUUGAAUCAGCAGGUCUUACUCUGAAUCAGCGUGAGUGUACUUUAUCGGUCAUUGAAUCAGAAACUUCUUACAUCAUCUCCGUAAAUCAACAUAAAUUCAGUUGAUCUUCAAAUAACCUGAAUUACAGAAAUACUCUGACUGAUCUGACCCUUGACCUUUGCUUUUGAACAGGGAUUAACACAGACGGAGCCUUUGAGUUAGAAAACGACCUGCCAUUAUGUUCUCCAGCAUCUAAGGAACAGUUGUUGGGUUUCUUUCCAUAAAAUAAAGGUAGCAGGCUGUUAACACUCGCUGUAGUCCGUGCAGCUGCAGCUCAGGAUCUCUCUGUUCCACAAAUAGAGGAAUCAAAAGCUGGAUCGGGAGUGGGAAAGUGACCGGACCAAGGGUGUGGUGGACCCGGGUGUGGCGAUUGGCAGCGUUGAUUAAGGGAUAGUAAAAGCCGAGGUGAAGUGUUACUCAACAGCCUCCAGCACUUGUAUUAUGAUUGUGAGCCUUGGGAGCUCUCCAGUUCAUUAGCAGUGUGUAGCCCUGUGUUUCAAGAAGAAAGAGAUCCUCUAUGAGCACAAUAAUAAACAGUCUGUUACAAAAGAGGCGGAAAUCCAGCCACAGCAAACUGCUCUAAUGGAAAGAUUAUGCCUAUUUACUCGUGCAUAAAAGUCACUCUUUGAGCAAGAGUACCAUUUUUUGGCCGGUCAUUAUGUCCUCCGGUCUUCCUGAGGCUUGUGAAAAAGUGAGAUAAGCUGUGGGAGUUUGGGGGCUGGAGACCCGGGCAGUUGAUUCCCAGGGGGUCAGUUCACGCAGAGGCCAGUAGACAAGGGCCAUUUCAGGCUUUCUGCUUUAACGGCUGCUGAGGCUGAAGGCCGAAGGCUGUGCCGGUGUCUGACACCGAACAUAACCACUGACUAUACGACAUUGUGUCAUGUUACCUCCCAGCUGAGCCGACAAACUGCUGGAACAACACUGUCUCUAUAAGUCCAAUGAGGCGUGGAGAGCGGGGAAGUGAUGGAUGUGGGGUCGACCUCUUGUGUCAGUGUCACUCAGCCUCAUUAUCAACCCGUGUUACACUGUUAGUGGGAAAUUCAUGUGGUCAUCUCAGACCUCUGAUGUUGCCCAAAAAUAUUCUAUUUGUUAAAAUAUGGUAUGAUAGGGUGUGAAGUGAUGAUAUAAUUAGAUACAAUUACAAUAUGAUACCAUGGAAUUUGAUAGGAUACGAUGUGAUAUGAUACUACUCAAAACAACACAAUAUGAUACUAUAUAAGAAAUCUAAUGAUACCAUUCAACACCACAAGGUUAGGAAAGAUAUAAUACGACACACUACAUUACAAUAUCAUAUGAAUCAAUUAUACAAAAGGAAAUUAUGUCAUAUUGUAUGAUAUAUGACACGAUAUGAUACAUAUAAUACCUCAUGAAACAAUAUGAUACAAAACAAAACAAACAGUACAAUAUUAUACCAUACAGCACAAGCUGAUAUGAUAUUGUUGUCAGAUAUGAUAUGAUACAGUAAUAUGAGAUACAUAAGCUACGACACAAUAUGAUACACUACAAUAUGAUCUUAUACAAUACUAUAAGAUGCAUUAGUUUUAUUUCAAUAUGAUAUGAUAUGAAAUGAUUUGAUGUGAUAUGAUAUGAUACAUGUGAUAUGUUAGGGUUACUGUGGGAUACUAUAUUAUACUAUAAAUAUGUUGUGAUAUGAUACAAUUUAAUGAUAUGAAACAAUAUGAUAGGAAACUUUACGGAACUUAACGAUAUGAAACAAUAUGAUACAAUACGAUACAUUAUGAUACAAUACGAUACAAUACGAUACAAUGUAAUACAAUACGAUGCAAUACGAUACAAUAUGAUACAAUACACUAUAAUACAAUACAGUACAAUAUGAUACAAUACAAAAUAACAUGAUACAACACGAUAUGAUAAGAUAUCAAAGGGUUUGAUUUUAUACAGUGUGAUAAAAUAUGGUACAAUACGCUUCAUUCUGAUAAUGCACAUUGGUAUGAAAGGAUACAUUAUGAUAUGACAUAAUACAGUAGGAUUAGAUACCAUGCCAUACCAUUACCAUACAAUGCACUUGAUUGUACCUAUAAGGGAGAUUGUUUUACACACUAGCGCUGUACUCAUUUGGCUUCCUCAGCAGUAUUAGUAUCAACAGUAAAUAACAAUUUACUAAAGGUAAAGGCUCAGUUUGUUGAGAGGACUGUUUGCAAAUGUAAGAGUUCCUCAGAUGUAACUUAGGUGUGAGGUUAAAAAGGAUAAACUACUUCCAUAAUACAUUCGUCAUUUAAGGGUCAGGUGAAUGGUUGACUGGCCCAUUUGCAAGACUCUGAUGCCCAUUUGUUGAAUAUGUGACCAAGCCUGAUUUAUAUUAAUGUGUAGUAUUGUCUUUGCCAACAUGGUAACAGUAUGUUGUUAGCAUAUACAGCUGUAGAAACAUACACACAUCGUCUAUUUUCUCAGUCUGUUAUGAUACUAAGUUGUUUGUCUUUAUGGUUAUGGACUUUUUUUUGUUUUGUUUCAUUUUGUUUUUAGUUUUUUGGACAAUAAACUGCAGUUUUAUAGAUAACAGUUAAAUCAGUGAAAAAUCCCCCAAACCUGUUUCUAACUUAGCGACCAGGUCUUUAUCUGAGUGCAGCACAGUUUCCCAAACGACCCCCCUGUUUUUGUCUGUUCACGUCCUGCACUAACACUCCCCCCUUCCUGCUAUAACUCUCUCACUGUUGAUGAGCUGGGUGGAUUCACCGCCGGUGAUGCCGCUAAUGGGAUGGCUCUGUGCCCGUCUGAGGAAGGAGGAUGGGUGGGCGGACGACGGGAAAUGAUAUGAUAACGAACAAAAAGAGAGAAAGAGCGAAAGAACGAGUGGACAGAGCAACCUCAGGAAAACCUUUGUGUUUAUGUAGCCGGGUUGUCUCCAUGGUGGUAGAUUCAGUCAGGCAAAGGGACACAUGUUGCCUAUGGAGCUCAUCUGUGUUUUUGCUUUUAAACACAAAGUCCAGAGCCUGGCCCACCAAAAGGUCUUCAAAGAGCUGACAAGAUGAAAAAGAGACAUCAGUAUCUGCUUUUCCCAUGUACGUCUUUCAGCGCCGUUGUUUAAUGACGAUACAGGGUUUGAUCACUUUUAGCUCUCUGUUUUCUGUCUGUCUGUCUGCAUUGUUUCCAAACUCCAUGCCAAGUCAAACACUUCUUUUGUGGUCCUGCAUGAGCUGCCAACAAUAUCUCUUAGAGUUAGUGCCAGCAGGAUGAAAAAAAAGUCAAUAUUUUUGCUCCAGUGAGAACUUAGUGGUGUCCCUGCUUUUAUUACUUUCAGCAAGAUGAUGAGAGCUUUGUCAAACAUCUAUAAACCAAUUUGGUGGUUUCUCAGUAUCCUUACAUCUGUGUUUAACCCUGUGGAUCUGUGGCGCAGCGUUUGCUGUGAAAACAUGGUGUGCAGACGGUAUGAAGUUCUGAUUAUCUGCAGAGCAAUCAGUCUUAGCACCAGGCCUCAAUUGCACAAAGAUGUUCAAUUGCAGUAAUCACCCCGACUGUUACAUGGCGUUUAUUUUUGAGGUUGAAAUUAUCUCAGUGUCUGUGGUUUGACAGAUUCCCCGCUUUAAUCUGGUUGUUUUUUUCUCUCCGCAGAAAGAUGUCAAGGAGGUGUUCACGCCAAUCAUAUUCGAGGUGGCGUACAGUCUGGGGAAGCAUGUGGUGGCGGGGCAUCAGGAGAGGGACAUGCCGGCGCUUACGCCAGUGCUGCGAUGGAGGAAGGGAAACAAGAUCGCUGUGAGGAAUGAGGUAAACUGCAAAUCAAUUUUUAUUUAUAAGCUUUAAUUAGUAGAAAGAUAGAUCUGAAGACUUUACAACAAGGGCAGAGGUCUGAAAGUUCAACAAACUCUGGGUAUCUUUUGGUUUGAUGGCUUCACUGAGAGUUUUUGAUGAUCAUUUUUACAAACUAAGAGAAAACUGUGUGGCUGAAAAAAACAUAAGUAAGACUGAAAUCAGCUGUUAUUGCAAAAUGUAAAAACUGUCAAAGAGAAAAAGAUGCCAAGAGUAAGGGUGCAAAUCAAGACUUAGAUUAUCCUAUUUAUGUACGAUAGAUUUAACUCCUGUUUUAUGAAGGAUUAGGACCACACCAUGGGAAUAAAAUAAUGAGCAUUCAGUAAAAAAGUUGUAGAUAUAAUGAGGAAAAAGUCAUGAUAUUAUAAGAGUAAAGUCAUAGUACAUACACUCACAAUAUUUUAAGAUUUAGAUUGUAAUAAAACAAGAAAAAAGUUGUAGUGAAGUCGUAAAUAUGAGAAUAGAGUUUGAAUAGUGUGAGAUCAAAGUCUUGAGAAUAAAAUAAUUGAAUGAGAAUAAAACUAACUUUAUGAGGAAAAAAACUUGUUAUGACAGCCCGCGGUUAUAAAGGCUAAAAGAGCAGAUAAAGAGUAAUAGAGGAGGAGCAGCCAGCUGUCAGCAUUAAAAUGAGGCUUAGGACAAACACCAUCAAUUCAUAAUCCAGAUAUUUAUGACACUGCAGUGUAGAUCAUUUGCUAAAAUGAUAAAAAUCCCAUUAGUUUUUUAAAUUUAUCUGGAAGUUAAACUUCACAAGAUACUCCAUGUUCCUAAGUUUGAUUUAGGAGGCUGCAGGCUGCUCUUCUGCUCCACUAACAGCCUAAAAGUGUGACUUUCUUUAUCAUAAAUCGACAGUUUUAUUAUGACUUUUCUCCAAAUUAAUUCUUAUAAUAAUACGAUAUUUAGGACUCUAUUCUUGAGGUAUUGAUUUUUAUUUCUCAGUGUAGCCCUACACUGCCUGACACUGGUUUGUUGACCCUGUAUAUGAUUGUGUACAUUUAUGUUCAAAACUGAUUAAUCCAGCUGAAGCCCCUAUGGUAACAAAUGAGGGUUAUAGUUUUAUAUGCCACCGAUUUUAACAUCAUUACAGGCCAUAAAGUAAUCCUAAGUAAGUGUAGAGAGUGGCUGUAAUUCACAAUUCAUCCUGACAUGUCAUCAAGUUUUGAUAAAAUCUGAUGCACUGAUUAUGUGGAGAAUUUUUAUCAGUCGUGAAAUUUAAGAGAAAAGAAAUCCUGAAGGGGCAUAAAGAGAAAAGCUCUUAUUUCUCUACCUUAGAUGGAUGUUUUUGAUUAUUUAUUUUUUUCUUAUUUGAUGAUUUUGAUAAAUAAAAGUUACCUUGUGGUCAGACCUUGUAGUAAGACGCAGUCAUAUCCUGCACUUUAAGGACUUAUUCUGUGAUUAAUUAAUAGUAGAAAAACACAAAAUUAUUCAGACCCUGAUACAGUUCCGCUCCUCAGCUGCUCAUCAGGACCAGGAUCAUGUCUUACCCUGGAUCUCAGAAGGAAUGCAGGAAAGAGCUCAAAUUGAGGUUAUAAUGAUUUGGUGUUGGUUACCAGUUUAUUAUUGUCUGUGUUAGCUUUUCUUGACAGGAAUCCAAAAAGACUGAUUCGUUUAUUUUCUUUGCAACCACCUCUAACCUGCCCCACAUGUGUUCCUGCGGCGUCUACGCUUCAUGAGAAAAAUGGAGGAUUUGCGUCUCUCAGCACCUACAGAAUCCAUUAAUCUGAAAGUCACUGUCCUUACACCGAGCUGUUCUGCUUGACUUAAGUUUCCUCAAACCAAAGACCAUCCUCUGACUGAUCAAAGAGGGGGGAUCAGAUGGACUUGAUGGAUGAUAAUCGUCUAGAUCUCUCCUCCAACGACACAACACUGCCCUCUAGUCUGAGUUUGGAGUCAGUAUGUUGAUUUAAGGGACAGCAUGAGGUCAUAUGAACUGUGUACUUCACUCUUUCCUCUGCAGACCUGGUUUGAGAAGAACUGCCUGUCAGACGACUGCGCGGCGGACCUGAGGCUUCAUGGGAAAUUGCUGCUCUCUGGGUAAACACCUCCUGCUUCACACUUUACAUUAACUCUCUGUCUCUGCAGAGAGGAGGAAGCCAGCUGACGUCAUAGGCCGUGUGGGUGUGGGUGGUGGAACCAUGACGCAUGCUUGGAGGAUAUCCAUAUGUUUUUCCAUACUUAGGGAGUUCCCUCUCUUUUUUAUUGUGUAUCUCUCUGUGCAUUUCAAGACAAAACAGGACCAUCCUAGUAACGAAUAUUUUUAUCUUUCGACCACAGGAGCGAGACUUUGUCAUAACAGUAUUUUAAUCAGUUCCCCGACAAUAGUUAAAGAGGCAAACUGAGCUGAAGGAAGAGUCUCAAAGCAAACUUUAGUCGGUUUUUCUAACGUCAAGUUCAGCUGAUUGAAAACUGUCUAAAUAAGCUCAUUUAUGCCACCCUUACAUACCAAAGAAGUGCCUUUUUUAACUGUGUUUUACCUCAGAAAAGGAGAGUGAAAACUUUAUUUAUAUCAACUAACACUGCAACAGUGGUGAAGAAAAACAAAGUCGGAGGCAGUGCUGCAGACCAGAGUCUUGGACACCAUUUAAAUACUUCAUAACUUUUAGGAGUGUAAAGUUUGACAUUAUGUUUCAUGCUUUGUACAGUUUUUUGUUUUAACUACUGGCUGCAACAUUUGGUCAGUAUACAUGAGCAUGCAGAGGAAGCACAGAGCAUAAGUGAGCCUGCAUGUCAUCUUUCAUCCACUGUCCUGUCUUCUGAAUAAAGACACUAAAAAGCCCAAAAGUCAAAAAUCAGUCAAUCAAAGUACAAUAAUGAUAUAUUUUUAUCUUAGUUGACUGUUCACAUACUACAGCGUUAUUGUUAGAGUUGUUUUUUCUUCGGAUUAGCUAAAUCACACGGUAGAGUUGACUCCGUCUGCAGAGAUUGAUCGCCCAUCUUCUGUUCUGGUUCUCCUGCUGGUUUAUCAACAAAGAGCCUGAGCUGACCUGGAACUCCUUUUAUUACCUCAUACAGCCCCACUCCAUUAAAACCAGACUAUCUAUUAAUAGAUCAACACUGAAGUACUUGAAGAUAAGCUGUACCGUAUCCAACCAUUAAGAAAACAAGAUUUUUUUUUCAAUUGUGUGCUGUUUUGUUCCUAACAGGACACCAUAGUCGAGCUACUACAGCUCCUCCCUUCUUCCUGUUAGCUGAAAAAUAAUGACACCAAAAAGUCCCAGAUGGUCCAAUUUUUAAGUCAAAAUUUUUAUUCACUCAGUGACGUACUCUGAGUUUGAGAUAUCACCUACAAGUGAAGCACAGUCCUGCUUAUAUUUCUUCCUGUGUAAUAGUAUUAUCCUUCAAAAUAGAAAAAAACAUGUAUUUGGCAGAUUAGGCACUAUGAGACCACCUCCACCUCUACUUCGUCAUGGUUUCAGAUUACACUGGUGUAGCAGGGCAGAAUCUUUCUUCAGUAAUAAUCAUCUUUUUCUUUCUGUCUCUUCAGGCUGCACACCGGUCACCAUUUGGCCCUCGGAGGAGUGAGGAACGUCUCUUUGAAUCUCACCAUCUCUAACACCGGAGACGACGCCUACGACACCAACAUCUACUUGAACUUCUCCAGAGAAGUUUUCUACAUCAACUUCUGGCAGAGGGUUCGUUCCUCUCCUCUCCUCUCUUUUAAAGCACCUGCUGUUUAUUUACCCGAGCGCUCCUGUUUAUUUCUGAAGCGCACUGAUGAUGUGAAUCACCGACAUGACACUUGGAGCCAAAUUUAACACAUGACGUAUCAGACGAAUAUUAUCCGAUUUCCACUUAGAGGUGCAUUUUUUUAUGUGUAACAGUUUAUUUAAAAAGGCGGGGGAAGAUUGAAUAUCAAGAGCGCAGUCUAAACAGUGAAGCGCACAAAAAAGAGAGACCUGCAGGAGGACGUUUGUGCUUCAAACUGAGAUGAAGAGCAGGAGCUGUCUGGUCUCAUAGGUCAGCUCGUCUGGCUCCUGUGAACUGUGUGUACAAGAUUAAACCAGAACACACACUUAUUUUCCCCCAAGCUUGACUUAAUUGGCGUUCAAAUCACAUUAUUAGGGUCAAAAACGGUCUUGAUAACCUUGUAUAAUUGCCUCGUAAAGUGACUAGUGCGUCUGACCUUCAUGGGGAUACUGAUCCGGGACCAGCUUUGGUGAUCUUGGUGCCAAACGACAGUGCAGAAAGUCAGUGAGGUCUGUUUUUAAAGAUCACUCGGGCAGUUUAUAAAGGAGGAAGGUGUCAGAAAUGACGUGGAAAGACUUUGGGUCAAACCAGAGCCUAUAUCGACGUCUGCAGCCUCAGUAUGUGGGGCUAAACCAGCGCUCUGAUUUUACACUUCUUACUCAACAUGAUGUUUGGGGCCUAAUUUAGAAAGUUCGAGGUCUUAAAUCAGUGAUCCUCAGAGUAUAGUGACCACCUUUGUUACCUUUUGCUCUCAUCUUUGCACUCUUUGAACCUUUACAAAAACUAUUUCAGCUUCCGUCACUGUUAAAGAAAUAUCUACCCACUACCAUCCCACAGUAAACCCGAGAGUCUUCCUCACGCCGAGUCCACGCUGUACAGUAUGCAAAUGGAUUUCACAGCCGCCACCUCUGCCUCUGCUCGCAUCAGUCGGCUGCAUUCUUGCAAAGAGGCCACUCACGGUCCAGAAACACUCCACAUUAGAUACCAGACUGCCCUCCUUCUGCAGCUGCUCUGAUGCCAGAGGGGACAGCAUCCAUCAUGAAGGAUUUCCCCUCAUAUCUGACCCCCUCAUGUUUAUCCUCCAGCUGUGUCAUGCAUCCUGUGAUGGAUAAGAGCGUCUCUGUAAGGCGCACAACCUGUGACAUGAUCUCGACCCCCAACAAAGCUGAAAUUGAAUUUAAAAAGAACACAUGCUGCAGGCAAAUAUUAGGAAAACAGUGUUUCAGUUUGAGUUUUGAGGCUAAUCUAAUGAGCUAAGAAAGGAUCAGGUUACCAGCUGCUGCAGCAGAACCUGGUAAGUCAGGGUGGCCUGCUGCACAAAGAGAGCAGGAAGUGAACAGUAUCAAGAGAUGAUAGGGAGGCCACGCAGCAGAUUUACUCUCAGAAAGAUUUCUAAUUACUCCUGAAGAAGUCCGAGGUGAUGAAGUGACCCCUUUUUGCAGAGUGAAGGUCGGCUCUGAAGCCCCUCCCUGGAGGCUUUUCCUCCAGUGAGCGAGCGAAGCGUGAACCCGUACUCCCCUCUCAGUGAAGAGCGGGCCGUGUUAUCAUGCUGUUGUUCUUGCAAUACAAGCUGUCAGGAAGAUGAUUAAGUUUCAGGAGUGAAGUCUUCGCUCCUUUGGGACUUUAAGACUGCAGCACCAGCUUCUGUGUUUUCUUUUUUUAAAUUUCUGAAAUAUUUGAGUCAUCAGGUCUUUGUUAUUUUAUCCUGAAAGGGCAGAAGUAAUGAGGGAUUGACACCUUUACUUUAAUACAUUAAUCCCUAUUGUUACAGCCACUGAACGGUGUCUUACAUCAGAACACACGGUUUUAAAAUAAUGAGCUUCAAGUAUGUGGAGUAGGUGGAGUGAAUGCAAAUCUUACUACAGCUCAGCAUAACUGUACUAACAAAUCGUAAACUUCUAACUACAAAUGAAACUUUCUUGUCCAUCAGCUUUAGUUUUAGAACAAAAAGUCUGUGUGCAAAUUAAAUACUUUUUAUUUGUUAAUCCGAAAGUUUUGAUGGUCACUAAAGCAGUGCCCAAUUCCCCCAAUACGACAAAAGUCAGCAAAGGCCUGAUAAUCGGAUGGUUCUGUCGGUGUGAGUUAUCUAUACUGUGUUUUUUUACCCCCUUCGAUCUGCGCAGAAAACAAGCUAAUGCGGUGAAUGUACUAGGAAGCUAAGAAGCUAGCAACAGGUGGCUCUCAUAGUCCACCUUGUUUGUUUACUCCUUUGUUUGACAGAAGAUUUCUAGUUCCUUGUGUCACUAGAAAAUGUUGUAAUCAGCCAAAGAAAUUCUAGGUCGACUAAAAACCUGAAAUUUUCAACCAAAAAUCGACUAAGCCGGGUGCUCUGAAAACAGCCCCAUUAGCACUUUGUACAUUCCUUUGAUUUGCUUAAGAGUUUAGAUCUGAAUUAGUACUUAUUUUAAAUUACUUUAAAUGUAAGUAUAAACACUUUUUUAUUGCAUUCUGGGUUGUUUGGCUCUUGAACGUGUCCUUUUUGAUCUAAUGAUAAUCAGGCGUUUAACUGAACCUGCUUAAUCUGUGUGGUUUCUGCACACCUGAGGGUGAGAAAGGCCAAGAUUUGGUGAACAAAGAUUAAUACUCACCAUUUCUGCAUUUCUGUUAUUAACAGUGGCUUAAGUAGUUAAUCCUCUGCUGUCAUUUAUUUUAUCAUUACAAACCAGAGCAUUGCGGACUAUUGUCAGAGGUCUACAUGCUGGUGGUCAAACUUCUGUGGAUCAGAGGGUGAAUGUGUGUGGAGAUCACGUCAUACAGGGCAGGAAGGGAUACAUCUGCAGAGUAGCAGGAGCUCAGGAAACCGUUCCAAAUAUUCCAUUAGCUGGUGAAAUUCUUGGUCUUCUUCCUCAGAAAAAUGUGAGUCAUCAAGCGCUGUAAAAUUCAGAGAUUUCAUCAUUAGCUGCUUUAGUUUGGCCCGUCCAUGGUGAACCUUCUGCAGGUCCUGAAUCUGUGGUACUAUAACUCCUUUUUUAAUCAUUACUAAUGCGAACUGCAGCCUCUGCCUCUUCUAGUACUUCAUGCAUCUUCGCUGCAAUAACUGUAAGAUUUUCAUAUUAAAACUUGAGACUCUUUUGCCCCUCUUUGAAUACUUGCAGCACAUGUUUUGCACAUUGUGAUCCUGCGAUCCUCUUCUGAAACAGAGGGAAACGUGAUACCAAAGAAGUUAGUCUCUUGUCAGGCUGUUGAUUCACUUUUCCUUCUCUUCUAUGUGCAAUGGGGGAUCCUCAUACCGCCCUACUGUGUCAGGAUGUGGACUUUUCCAGCAUUGAUAAAUGGACUCACAAAAUCAUGUUAAUGUAAUGCACCAUUUUCCAGUCUUUCAUAGACUUUACGGUAACUCUUAGGGUAUGUAACUUUUUAAUUUUGGUGCUUUGUGAUUAAAAUUUACCCAAAAUGUUAAAUUAAAUGUAGAAAUAACACAUUUGUUUCCUGAACACAUGAUCCAAACAAUCCCUAGAGGGAUGAUUUAAGUAUUAUAAGCUUAUAAACGUACUCUUACUUUCGUCUUGUGCCACUUAUUUCUGGUGAUUUAACUGCUGGAAUAAACGAGCACUGUGGUUAAAAACCCACAAAUUGGGAAUGAAUCUGAAAAAUGUGUGAAGUUGUGAAACUCAGUGGACCUUCAAACCUCGAGCACACAAAUCACUGAUUUUCUUGGCUGUGAAGAGCAGCUCUACACAUGAGAGUCGGAGGUAGAUCUUGCUGCUCAUACCUGCCGAAAGCAUAAAGUAGGUGAUGACACCGAGUUGGAAAAGGUAACUCGAAAUUAAACCAGAUCUGAAAUAGUGAGGUGGAUGGAGACGCUUUAAGAUAUGCAGAGCAUGCAGAGAGUUGGCCUCCUGUGUGUUGUCAUACACACUGAUGUACGACCUCUGUAGAUUCUUCAGCUGACACUAACACAAUGUAAACAAUCCCUGUGAUGCUUAAUGGACCUGCCAUUUGUGGAAACCAGCGUGUGUUGGUUUCUGUUCGAGAGAGAGACAAGAGAAAGUGCUGAACAAACAGACUUUUGUCGUCCUUCUCUCUCGCUCUGCUCUCUCUCAGGGAUUGCCAGGUGGAUGAUGGGUAAACAGGCCCACUUCCCAAAUCCUGCCCAGUCCCAUGGGACAGGCGGUGUUUGCACAGCAGCACAGAGGAAUACAGGAAAUAGAGGAAAUUCCAUCAUCGCCAGUUGCGCUCGGGUCCCCACCUCCUCUUACUUUAGUCUGCAUGCGAGGGGCAGCGCUGCUUAUUUUAGCUGACUUAAUGAAGAUUGAGGGCAUGACCACACCCUGGACUUACACUGGGAAUCUGCUGAAUAAGGGAAAUGGGAGCGUGCAUGAUACCACCUUUAAAUAUGUCAACGCUGGCACCUCUUUCCUUAUCUCUUUUGGAUAAACCUCAAGUCGGUCUGCAGCUCAUGCACGUGAACAGGUGGGAUGACUUGGAUUAAUUCCCCGAUGAAUAUUUUAAGAGUCUCUUUCCCUUUUCUUUUUUUUUUUUAUCACUGGAGCAUCUCUGCCCUCCUUCUGGCUCGCAGCAGAAACAGCUCAGCUGACAGCCUCCCAGUGAACUCUCGCUUAAAGAAUUCGUACUCCUCGUCGGGUCAGGGCCGCAGUGUUUACACAGCACAGCCGGAGAAGCUCCAUAUUGUUUAGACAAGCUUCCAAACACACAGCCUGGAGGCUGGCCAAUUACCCACCCGCUAAGAUGUAUGCGAGCCAUCGAGGCUUUGUGCGUUCUUCUUUUAACCUAAUUUACAACUUCAAUAAGAAGUUUGAGCCUCUUCUUUUACGUACAGCGGCUUUUUCCUGACAGUAAACUUUGAUCAUGGGAUAAACAUUAGCGGGAUGGAUGGUUCCCUGCAUCCUGUCACUGUGUCUUCAUCUCUUUGUCUCCAGUCUGUCUGUCUUUAUCGGCCUCCUCUUACUCUCUGUCUAUCUUUCUUUUUGCAGGAAGAAAAGGGCAUUUCCUGUGGACUUGUUGAUUUGGACUUCCUCAAAUGCAGCGUGGGAUUUCCCUUCAUGAGAGCGCAGACUAAGGUAACUCAAACUAAGACAGAACCCACUCCAUGACGUCAAAACUGCCCAGAGAACAAAUGUGAAUCUUAUUUUGAAAGCAACAUUAUAACAGCAAAAUAAUUAAUGAGGCUAAAGAGGAUCAUUUGCACCAUUGCAGCACAUGUUUCCUUGUUCUUCUUAUUAGAAAAUAAAGAUUCACAGUUAAAAUCUCUCUGUGUUUCUGUUUUCAGUAUCAUUUUGCAGUGAUCUUUGAUACCAGUCAGCUCUCAGGAGAAAACGACACUCUUCAGUUUUUAGUUCAAGCUAAAAGGUAAGUUUUAAGAGACUAAAACUCCACUGCAUGCAUACCAACAGCUUUUUAUGGUAGAAGUGGAAAUCCCUGUGAAUAAAUGAGCUGGUUUGACUCCAUAAAUGUGCCAAACUUUGGCAUUUGGAGGCUGUAACCUUGAAUGUUAACUUCUCUAUUUUUCCUUGUUUGUAUCAGCGCCAAUCCUGAGCACAAACUCUCCGACAACUAUCUGGAUCUGUCCAUCCCUCUGGUUCACGAGACUGACACGACGAUCACGGGGUAAGACCGAGAAAAACAUCUACACCAAGUAAUGUAUAGAACUUUAGGCUGCCUGUGCUCAUAGGCGUGGAAUAUUGACUUGAACCAGCUGCCCAUCUGUUGGUCUCAGGAGGAGAGGGAGUGUUUUUGUCAGUAUGGAGCUUGUCAACUUGAAAGGCCUUAUCUCUGAGCGCUUUAUCACAGCGCUGCUUCACAGGGAGCGAAGAGGAAAAGACGUAAAACAGGCCAAAUCUGCCAGAACUCUGACAUCUGAUAAAGCCGCUGCGGCUGCUGUCUUAAAUUUAAAGGAGGCUUCAGAGCAAAGCUGGACCAGAGGUGGCAAAGGGACAAGAAUUCUUUACUAAAGUCAAAGUGCAAAUAUUUGAUAAAGUGAAGAAACACAGCUGAUAUAAAAGAAGCUCUUUCUAAAAAUACUUCUCCAGAUGUUUCAGCAAAAAGCUAACUGGACUUUCAGUUGUAGUUUGACGACGAUAAAUAAACUUGUCAUCAUUAACUUUGUGCAGCUAGUGAAUAAAACGUCCUUCCUGUAGGAAAUUAGAGGGAUCGCUUCAUUGAGUAACUACUUGUUUUGUCUGCAAAGUUGACCACGUUUUUCAUAGUUAAUGUCGCAGGCUCUUCCCGAUAUCCUUCACAUCCUUCUCAGGAAAUUCAGUUUCAUAGCAGGAAACUGAAAAAGUAGAAACUCAUCCACUUCCUGUAACAGCUUGAAUUAAAACAUGACUUCAUUGUGGGAAGACGCCAGCCCAGUAAUGGUGAUUAUUUGACUACUGUUUAGUCUUCAGAUCAGGCUUUUUAUUAACCUGUAGACCUCUUAAAAUGAGCUAGACCAGUAUGAGACUGACAAGAUUAACAGGACCAGGUUGAGCUUGUCUGCGUUGUCACAUUUAUCAGUCCCUUAAACGCCCCGUAUCCCGUAUCACUUUCUGCUCAGUGUUAACUUCGACAAGUUUGGAGACUCUGUAGCGAACAUUGAUUGUGUCCGUCACACAUCAUGCUUUUUGUCUGCUGUCAGCGUCAAAUUAAGCGGACGUCUUUCCUCGUGUUUGUGUGAUAACAGCUCCCCAGUGUCUGAUUAGAUAUAUUUUACUACAACAGUCUGUUAUCUGAGAAAUAACAGACCUUUGCUAUGAAACUUGUCCUCUUCUUAGUGGUCAGUUUCCCCUUUCUUUUCUCAUCCCUGAUGCUUUUUCUUACAUGGCCAUGUUAAGUCUUUAUGCACUAAAGAGUCUACUCACUUUUGCUGUUGUCUGCAGUGUGGUGAUGCCGAGCUCCUUCGUGUACGGAAACUCCAUCGAUGCGUCUCGCUUCGUCCAGUUGGAGGACAUGGAGUGCAACUUUCAGCCUCUUAAUCUCACAUUCCAGGUACUGCUGACUCUGCAAAUAUUGGUGUUUUUUUAGUGUUUUCACUCGUUCUUGUUCAUGAUAACUUUCCUUUUUUUGUGUGUUUGACUCUUCCCUUGUUUUUGUGUGAUGUGGUUCCAGGCCAUAAACAAGGGGCCCAGCAGGCUGCCUGGCUCCACGGUGGACAUCAGGAUACCUAACCGUCUGGCUGGCAGCGGAGCCGACAUGUUCCACAUCAUGGAAACACAGGUGGAUGCCAACAACAGUGUAUUUCACAUUAUUUAUCCAGGUCGAAUCAUUAUUUAUUAGUUUAUUCACCUGCGGGCAGACACAGUUUUAGGCUCAUUUAUCCAACUCGUGUCUGUCUGCCCUACUUUUCUUGGAUCCACAGCUGCCCGUGUUCACCACAACAGACACUUUUAUGUACAUUUACACCGCCCCCGACGGUCAAACAAACUAUCUGAUGAAACAGUCAAAGUUGGCUGCAAAUUACAGAAGUCAGCAGAAAGUGCCCAGAAACUCAGAAUCAGCAGCUACGAGAUCAACUUUAUCAGCCUCAUGAAACAAAUACAGUUUAGAGGACCAAUGUUGCUGAGGGACGGUAUUACAGUGCUGGUAUAACUAGGGUGAUGGUGCUUCAUUGAUAAACAGUAAUAAUUAAUCUUCCUUCUUUUAUGUUGGCUAAUCUUAUCUGAAAGUUUCAUUGGUAUGAUCCAGAAGAUUCACACAAAUCCAUUUGUUGCUAAUACUUUGUUGCUAAUGUCUCUAAAACUCUGCAGCUACUAACGAUAUUGUUUCUACACAUGGAAAUCAACUACAAGUAAAGGCAGGAGACAAACAGCUCACCCUGGCCUGACUGGAGUAUUUUUGUACGGUGGCCCUGAAGGUCAACUUCACAAAUAUUUAAUGAAACUUAAAAUCAUUUGACUAAAACACAAAACCUAUUCCAUUAUAAAAGUAUUUCACUAAAAUGUGAAAAUAUUUAACUGUAGGGGAAACAUAUUUAUCUAAACUGCAAAAAUAUUUUAAUAAAUGAAAAAUAUUUACCUAGAACACUCAAACAUUUUACUGAUUCACAGGAAAAAGUUACUAUGAUGAAAAACCAAAACAAAAUAUAAAAACAUUUUGAGUAAAUGCAAGAUAUUUCCCUUAAAACAACAAUAUGUAAUGAAAAUGCAAAACAUAUUUUCCUGUAAUGUAAAUGUUUUUUACUAAAACACCAAAAAUUUGCACUAAAUUGGAAAAAAAUAAAACUUUUCUGUCACGAAACAUAAAAUUAUUUGAUGAAAUAUAAAAAAAAAUGCAAAACAAAAAAAAAAAUCACAUAGUGUACAAAAUGUGACAAAUUAUUUGCGAUUUAUGAAACAUGUCUAUAAAUUUAUUCUCUAGUCAUGAAAAAUUUAUUCUCUUGGCCUUCAGGUCUUCCGUAUUUGUCUGUGUUGAUGUUGAAAGUGUUGCAUGUUAAACCUCCCUCUUUAAUGCUCAGUAUUGGUUAUACAGAACAAGGUUUACAGUGUAAGAAGAUCCCGGACUCCUGCACUGAUGGGUCACAGUAAAGAAUUUCAUUGUACUCUGAAAAUCUCCCGUCAGGGUUAGUCUCGGUGUGCAGAAAGCUGCUAAAGCAGGGCUUUUGUUAUAGUGUGGACCAUUUGCUUAGUGUGAGGCACCAGCGGUCUGGUCAAAAUGGAAACGACACUGUUGACGUUGCUACUGAAGCUAGCCUGCCAUUUUGUUUCAUAAUAUUGUGCAUUUAGAUAACGAAACACAAUACUCCCACUGGGCUUAAAUGUUUUCUUAACCCCUGCGUUGCCCCUUUCAUAUAGGUAGAUUGUGGGGGAGCUCAGCCUGUUAAUUGUAUUUUCUGUGAAUGGGGCAGACGGAGGAGACUGUAUCCCACCCUCCUUGAGCCCAUCUGGAAUCACUUUCAGGGGAUCAGACAGCUUGCACGAAAUGGGAAUGGGACACCUGUAGAGCUGGCUACUGCUGCGUACCAUCUCCAGCCUGGAAACACACAUCAUAAAUGCUGCUAAAUCCAGCCAGUGGCACACAGGACAGUCACACACUUUUAUUUUACAGCCAGAUAAACUUACACUUUAUACAGACCUCCAUUUGUCCCAACAUGACUCAGAAGUACCCCAUCGUUGCUCCAUAUAUCCAACCUUUAUUUUCACUGUAAGUGCGCCGCUCUCGUGAGACACUUCACCAGGUUAAACUUAGCGCAGAGCAUGAAUCUGCACAACAGCUUUGGCAGCAGAUAUACAGGACAUGAGAAAGCACAGCAAUAAAAGCUCAGACAUGCUGGGUGGCAACAGCACAGACAAUGAAGAAGGCCGGAGGAGAUUUCCACCUCAGGAGCUCCAGGCUGGACCAGGCUGCAGAGGGGAAAAGGGGAAGUGCUCCCCAGGGGGUGGGCUAUAAAACAGACACCUCUAAAUCACUCCAUAUGGGAAAUCAGAACGGGAGGGGUGCCAGCUUCUGGUUCCUGUGGGCUCUGGGGACUCAACACAAUGGUGGGAUAAGGCCAGUUUAGGUAACAAAAGUGCUUACAUUCACUUUUUUAGACUAUAAAACCCAAAUAUAUCAUAUGGAUUGGGUUGGUUUAUUUUGUGUGGAGUUUUGAUGCACUAUAUUAGUACUAUCCAUAAUUGGUUGUUGGAUAGACCAUUGGCCAAGGCUUUCCCUCUCAUCAGUGUUAUGAUCACCGUCCAGCUCUAGAGUUGGAGCUGAGGGACUAUGUCAACUUUCCCAUGUGGAUGUCAUUUCAAGAACAUCAAAUCAAGUAUUAGAUACAGUAGAGAACAUUAGAUGACUAUAGAGUAGUUUCCUUUUUGACCCUUCUGUCCACUUCCACAGACUGUUUCCUUUCAUACGGACUCAUCAUUAUGAUACUCGCCAUACUUCAAAAAUGCUUCUGAUCCCAAAUCUAGGUCCUGUGCUUACAGAGUCUGAGUUUUUAUGCGUAACCUGUGUGUAGAAACUGGGUGCAUGCAUAUGAAUAUGCAUGAAAAUUAAUAAUGGAGUUCCUCAGGGGUCAAUACUAGGCCCACAGAUGUGUAUUCUGCAUAUAAAACGUACUAUGUAACCACCUUAUGUAUAUUUUCAGUAGGUACAGUGUUGUUAUAACUAAAAAAAAAGUUGGAUUAUCCUUUUACAAACAGUAUACCUGGCUGUUUAGAAGUGUUAAUAAUUAAGUUAAAUGUUUUUUAUCUUAGCUGUUUCAUCGUUGAUCCUAUUCUAGGUAUUCUAGUUUAGUCGUUAACUUACUCUAGCCUGUUUAACAUAAAGUUAUCUAUCAGUUUAACUACCAAUCUUUGAGACGAUGAGAUGAUAGACUUUUGAUCCUUUCCAAAUAUUUUUAUUUUAAACCUCUCUGUUAUACUUAUGACUUCAUGUCUGUCCAUUGGAAGUGAUUUGGUCAGAUAUCUCAGCCAAAACAAUUCAGUUUUUCUCUACCUCUGUCCUGUUUUAGGUGGCUGACGGCCGAGGGAACUGCACCCCUCACAGGAACCCGACACCCUGCACCAUCCCCCAGGACAGAGAGAGCAUCUUCCACUCCAUAUUUGCCUUCUUCACCAAGUCAGGACGCAAAGUCUUGGUAAAUACGCCGCGCUCACGUUGCACUAUGACAUUUCAGAGGUCACUGACAGUCACCCCCCUGUGAGGGUUCUUGUUUUUCUUUCUCUCUCAGCCAGUUUAACAUCUGUUUAUCACACAUUACACUUUCUCCCACGCACUUUCUACAACGCUCUGUUUCUUCUUCUGUUUUGAAAAGGAUUGUGACCGUCCUGGAAGAGCCUGUAUGACCAUCUCCUGCAGUCUUGGUCCACAGUUAAAAGAAGAAGCUUUAAGCAUAGAUAUAAAACUUCUACUCAACACUGAAAUACUUAAAAGAGUAAGAAAAUAUUUCAUAUGCUUGAUAAUUAAAUUGCAGGUCAUCGGGGAUUUUAGUGGCGGAAGUAAUUCUCUAUGUCUUACCUUACAGGAUAGCUCCUCUGUGAUCCAGUUUGUGACGAGGGGGAGCGUACAAGUAAACGAUAGAGCUGUGGAGGUGCCACAUGGUCUACCAGAGGACCUAUCUGUGAGUGCAUCAUGAACUUUCACCUCCUCUUGUUCGUAUAGUAUUUGCAAUACUUGAACAAGGUACAUAAGGACAGCUUAUUGCAUGAAAAUUAUCACACCAAACACCACAAAGAGGUGAUAUCCAGCAGCUUUAAAUGGAGGGGUUUGUUGAAACGUUUUUCUGAGUGUCAUUUUUACACCAAAUGCAGGUCAGUUGGCUUUGUGCAAAGUUCAGUUACAGUUAGUAUUAAAGUCUUUAAAAAUCAAACCUUUGUGGGAGUGUGAAAAAAUGCAGUUCCUUAUGUGUCCACUUGGGGCUGAGAGUAAAAGCGAAGGAAUCCUCAUUAACACCCAUGUUAAAAUCUGAUUCUUAAGUCAGGCAGAAAUUCGCAUUAUUAGGGUCUUGACAUGGUGGGUGUUAAGUAGUUGUUAGUUAGGGCCUGCCAUAACUCACAUGCUAAACUUGCUAAAUUUGCAAGAUAAAUAGUAAUAUUCUCAUUACAUUUUGCAGAACUUGCCAGAUAAAUUGAACUUUCCGAUUCAAAAGCCGCAAAAGUCAUAGUCUUAACUGUACAAAUUAAAAUUUCACUGCUUAAUUCAUGAAGUAAUCUGCAGAGGAUUCACUGAAACUGAGAGGCCGCUCUGUCUGGAGUUGGCAUUUGAGCUACAAGAAUCUUCAGUCCAAGCGUUCUGGUCCAAGGACAGGGUACUCGUGGCUCUGCUUGCAAAAAUAAAUUAAUAAGCACAUAUAUGUUUAUAUUUAAUCUUUUGAUGCACAAUCCAGCAUGCUGUGGUUUGACCUCCUUGGCAAACCAGUGUGAGCCCAGAGAACAGCUGGGGAUUGUGGGUAUACUGUACGGUGGUGGCACUUCUGUUGGCUUGUUUUUGGGGGUCCUCAGCUGUUCUCAAGGACAGCCCCCUCCCAGCCUCUGCUGUUCGCUGAGUGAUUGAAUGGCCCAGCAGAUCAGACGUGAUGAUUAUAUGGAGCGCUCAGCACGCUCGCUGUGGGAUCUCUCCAGUGAUUAGGGUGCUGACCGGGCUGAAGACCUGCUGACCCUGAUCUCCGGAGUCAGUGCUCGGAAAAUUCAGAGCUGCCAUGAAUAUGUCCAUACCAGGCAGCUCUUUCAGCACUUUAUGAGGGGGCUCAUUCCUGGGACUCUGACACCCCCUCGGUUUGAUAAACACGGCAACCUUUUCCCUCAGGAGUCCUGCUGGAUUGAGUACACACCACAAAGUUUAAUCUGUGGUUCCUAGUUGGAUUUCUCACAGCAAGACUAGCACACUUGUAAUCCUCUGAGACGUGUUAACAUGAAAUCCCAACCAGAGGAAAAGUCAGGAAGCUGUUAAAUCUGACAAACUCUGGAGAUCUGAUGCAAACACACUUUCCUCAAGUGUGGGGAUAUAAAGAAUUCUUUUCCUUGAUGAAAUAUAUAUAUGAACAUUUUCUAUUUUUGCAAGAUGUUCAAGUAGAGUUUCUUGGAGGAGUGAUGAAACGUGAAAGAGAAGCUAGCAGACAGUUUUUCUUAAUGAGAUGUGGUCUCUCAAACCACGCUGCUAUGGACUGUAAAUGAUUAAAAAGAUGUGUAAAAGUUAUCAAAUAAUUUUCCCAGACUCACAAGAGACUUCAUUAGUUGCAUAUAUAUGAAGCUGUGAGACAUAAUUGAGGUAUGCAGCUGUGUUCAAACUGAAAAGAAUAGGACCAAGAAUAGAUCCCUGUGGGACUCCAAAUUUAAUCCUCAGAAAGGAUGCUCUUUAGUCAUUUAUGACAACUUAUUGUUUACGGACAGUUAAAAAAGAUUCAAACUAAUGUGUUUACUGUCUAUCUUCAGUUUUCUAAUCUAAUUAAGGCAAAAACCAUCCAAAGAAUAACUUAAAUGACCCCAAAGAAAACUGUGUUUCUUAAUCGUUUGCAUGGCCCUGUUUUUCUGUUUUUAUGCACCAAUCCCCUCCUCAAAUGAUCAAACUAAGAAACUUAAACUUUACCCUCACCUACGAGACCAGACUUUUUAGAUCUGAAUUGAAUGGACUCCACAUUCCAUCACACAUUCCCAGAAUUAACUGAUUGCUCCCGUUAAAUUGGGAAACUUAAAGUCAAGAGAGCAACGACCAGCAGAGCUUUCAUCUCCUCUGUACACGCCAUCGCCUCGGCAUGCAGAACGACAGUCAGAUUCCAGAGCCCCGAGUAUGUUUAGGGGGGUUAGUGUUAAUGUGGGAAACUAUUCAACAGAGAUUAAUCUGCACUUGUCCGCUCGCUUUUGUCUGGACCCACAGUUGGUGUUUCGUGCCGCAUUUGUGUUCAUUCCAACGCUGAAGCGGUGGAGUUCCUCCGUCAGUUUAGAAACUGUCCCACCAUUGUUUGUGGAAAGACAUUAUCUGAUUAUUUGACCUUUGGGAGAUUACAUUUUAUUUGUCUUUGUUUGCAACCUUCAGUAAAUAAAUUGAUUUAUUUAAAAUGUGCAACUGCAUCGUCUCCAUGUAAGGCAUAAAUUCUGACAUUAAAGCUGAGAGUUUAUAGAGCAAACAAAACAGAAAAUGUUUGAGGGCAAAACUCUCCUCACCGCAGUGAACUGUCGUAAAAGUUGCUCCUGUCCCAUUCCUGUUUGUUGCAAAUUUAGAGUACAAAAGUAACCUCAAGCUGGUGCAAAGUAAUACAAUCACCUACCUCAGUCAAACUGCUGCAAACUCAGAUUAAAUCAAUUAAAGCAAUCAAAGUAAUUGUGUUGGAAAUGGCUCGUGCACAGAAGUAUCAAAUAGUUUCAAAAGAGCCAAGUAGACCAAAUAAGAGUAAAUGCUAAAAAAACAAAUAAAACCAAAAUAGGGUUUCUGUAAUUGAUUUUAAAUAACUGUGUUUACUCAAUAAUAAAUAAAGCAUCAGCCUCCAGAUGUUCUCUCCCAGUUUAGUAGUGGGUUAUGUUGAAGGUUGUGUUGAGGGAUUGAGGGUUUGCAGUCGGUGACAGAUUAUCCAGCAGGUCAGUGUUCACUCAUGUCAUGGGAAACAUCCAAAAUAGCUCUUAUUUAUUGGAGAACAAAGCUAUUUUUUUACUAGAUGCCAAGCCUCCCAUGCACUUCAAGAUAAGUUUUGGAUGUGGCCUCAUUCUGGUCUCUGGGGAAUCUGUUUGAAGGCGUGAAGAGGGAGUAGAUGAUGGACUAUUUUAAAUUGCACUGACGUUAUAGGGUGAAUAUUUGUUGGAGUAAAAGACUGUGAACAUCCUGUUUACUGACUCUGAUAGUCAGACCUAUUAAAGGUUCAGUGUGUAGAAGUUUGAGUGAGAUUUAGACGUAAACGCUCCAUGGCUCACCUCUCAAAGCUAUGGUGGCCUUUGAGGAAAAAAAGCUCUGUCUGUCUAUUUGUCAUCAAACUGUUGCAUAUUCAUCCACAACAUUUGAUACCUUUUCAUCUAAUUGGUGGAUCUUAAAAGUACAACUUCUCAUGUGACUGAAAACUUGUUUACAGUUUAAGUUGUGGGCCCUGGCUGCUGCAUGUGGGUCAAAGGUCAUUGUACCCACCAUGACCUGAUCUGUGUCAACUUUCCCUGAUGAGCGGAUGUUGUUUCAAACAUGACAGUGUUUGCGAAACAAGCUUAAAUCUGCAUUUAUUUAAACUUUUUGGUUUCAUUUACGUGUUUUCUGACAUAAAAUCAAAUAUCACCGUCCUCAUGAGUGUUUUAAAAUCUGAGAACAGCCAAAAUCAGACAUGUCCUGGUUGUUAUUCUUGCACUUCAUUGCAUCAUUAUUGAGCAGAACAUGACUUAAUGAUCACUUUGGUGUGUCCCUGUGAGUGUGUGUGUUGUGUGUUGGAGCGUGACUCACUCACUGACCAAAGUGUUGUUUGGUUUCAGCUGGUGUUCGAGGCGCUCCACAGCCAAGAGCCCAGGGGUUACGUCGUUGGUUGGAUCAUCGCCAUCAGUCUGCUGGUGGGAAUCCUCAUCUUUCUGCUGUUAGCUGUGCUGCUCUGGAAGGUAAACACAAGAACGCAGAAACAAAGAACUUUCUGCUCUGAAACAAAGACACUGGACUUCUGAGGAGUUUCAUUUUCUAUUAGUACUUGGUGAAUGGGGAAUAGGUGGUUAUGCAAAUGAGAAUUCAGAGGAGGGGUCAUCUCUUAUCCUAUCCUAUCACAAGCUGCAACAAAAUAUUGAUUCAGAUAUGAUUUUUUAAUCUCUACAGCUAAAACAAUCCUCUAAUGCAACAGGUCUCUUUGCAGUUGGGUUUCAAGACUUUCUAUUUUUCUUCUGGAUCCCUAUAGUUUAAGUAACUCGGUACAGAUCUGAUGCUCUCACACUCAGGAUUGCAGGACACUUGAUAACUGCCUUUAUUUCCCCGCUCUCCUGACCAGCCUGAGACGGGAACUUAAUUUUUGCCACUGACGACAGGCAGAGGGGUUGGAGAGUUGUCUCAAGCGUAUCAGUUGCUGAGAGGUAGUCGCCAUUGUUCUGGGAUUUUGAUUAAUUAGAAUCAGGUGUUAAUAAAAGUCCAUAAAGACUGUUAGAGGUGAGAAAAUGCAUACAUUAGGUGGAGGUACAGAUAGUAAAUAAAAAUGUCUAAACGGCUCUGAAAUGGUAAAAUUCAGUUUUCUCACCACUUUGCUGAAUUAAUGAAAAUAUCUGAUUGUUUGCUCACAGUAUAGGAGUAAAAUUUGAAGUCAAAUCUGUAAGACUCCGGACUUAAAAACCUUAUGUUAUAAAAAAUAUGCAUAUAAUUAAAUUAUUGAUUAUUAACAUUGCUGUAUUGCGCUAAUCGUUUUUGCUGUAAUUUAUGAUUUUAUGCCCAGAAUAAAAUGACUCCUCUCUGCUGAUUGAGGUUGAAAUUGGUGUUGAUGUCAGGAAAACAGCAGUAAGGGUGCUCGAUACAAAUCAAUAACUCUUCUAAAAUGUAUUUAAAGGAUGUUGAAAAUGCAGUUCAAAGUUCAGUUGUUUGUGUUAAAAUGUAGGGGGAUAAAUGUAAAACAUUUUCAUAAAAAUAAACGCUAAAUUGAGGUUAUUAUACCUGAAAACUUCACUUUGGUAAAGCAUCAGAUUAAGCGCAGUAUGUUUUACAAAAACAGCUGGAAAGAAGGGGGACAUUUGGGGGUGAAGUUUUUUCUUUGGGCCUCCAAACAACCAUGAAAAGAACAAAUCACAGCCUGGACAGUAAUUCCCUCUGAACCUCUAACAUGAAAGACGAAUCUUAAAGGGAAACAGCAACUUCACCGAUGUCCAGGCUCAGACCAGGUAGCACAAAGCUCAUUUUCCUCUUUCAUUCCCUCACUUUCCAUCGUGAAUACCACAGCGAAACGCAGGAAUGUUGGUCCUGAGAUUCUUCCCCAUCCUCCCCUCCACUCCCCCCAGCUCCUCGUCGACCCCCAGGUCUUCGGAUCCUGCCAAAAUAAACCCCUCUUACAUGAGCAGCGCAUGUCCUGUAUUGCUCCUUUCAGGAAAUGCCUGAGGAGAGAACAGGUCUGAGUCAAUAAACUUGACUUUCAGACUCAGAUAAAUGAAUGAAGUCGUAGUGAGUGAGGCAUCAUCCCGGUGAGGCCCCUUUGUUUAGAUUCACACCGAGAGUCUGCUGCUGCCUCUAUCAUUCAGAUCUCCUCUUUAUCAUUCCUUACAUACACAUGUUUAAGGUGAAAUUAAUGCAAACUUCAGAAACAUCUCAUAUUCCUAAAGAAACAACCUCUCCUGCAGGAGAAAUGCUUGAUUUGCCUCCAUCCAUGCUGGUGGCUUUCUGCGGUUUAGCCCAUUAACUCAAAUUGUGUAUGUUUUACAUUACCGCUGGCCAUCUCUCAAAUUAUACCUCGCCAUGAUGUAAAUUGAUUUCCUGCCUCUCAGACCUCUAUUAUUUUUAAUUUGUUCUUCUGUAGGAAUCUGAGGAACAUGAACUGGAAGAUAUUUAAUCCAAACUCUGAGUUAUUACAUGUUAAAUGAUUGUAUUAAAUGAACUCUUCUCUAUGAGUCAGUUUUAUAAAUCAGCUGUGUUGGAUCGUGUCCGAAUGCACCAAUAAGCUGCAACAGUCCAAUCCAAAGCACUUUAUUUAUAUAGUACAUUUAAAAAACAACAAAGUAACCAAAGUGAAAUAAAACACGAUAAUUGGUCGACCUCACAGAGACCGACCUUUAGCGUCCUUGGAAAAAUCUACAGCAUGCUCUCCUGUCAGUCAAGUCAGCCAAGCCUCUGAUUCGCUGAUUCUGUAACCUUAGUAACCACCUGUACAGAGGAAUCCCUGAACUAUUUAGACCAGUUUCUUAAACCAGGCGGUAAGCAGGUUUGGUUUUGCUGUAAGAAAAGGCCAUUUUGGCUCAGUGUGUACGUGGUUUCAGUGCUUCUGCAGCCAGACUCAAGUGGGCAAUAGAGGAACUGCAGGUAUAAGCAGGAGGUGAGGGCAUAUCGCCCAGCCCUACUGGAGGUUACCGCUUGUCACCAGCACUCUUGACUUCCAAUCUACCCUGUGCGAAUUGAUGCACCAUGCUCUGGCGUCCAGCUGUGCUUGUGUCUGCUGCAAAGGACUCUGGGUUGUGGGAGUUGAGGCGGAGCAGAAAUGAAAGACAGCACAGCAAGUUGAAGCAGACGUACUGACUAAAACUGAAAAUCUGGAAUGAGUAGAGACCAAGUCAAAUACCCGCCGUUGGACAGACAGAGUUUAUCAGUAUCUCCAAACUAGAUUAAAUCAAGGCAAAGAGUCACUGACGGUAAAAAUGGCAGUUUAAUCUGACGUCUCCUGGAUAGCCAUCAAAAACGCUCAUCAACACAGUUUUUAUUGAUGAAAUGACACUGCAGGGAACCAUAUUUCAACACCAAAAUAGUCCUGUGUUUAUUCAACAUUCAUACAGUUAAUCCCUCUUUUUCAAAAACUACAAACCAAGCCAAAAAAGUCCUUCUUUUUGCCUUUUUUUUUGCCAGCAACACUCUCCACCAGAGAGGUAGAUCUCUGAUAAGUUAUGAGCCGAUCAUAUCCGCCAGCUUUGCACAAUCAUUCUGAAGUAAUUCUUGUUUAAAAUGCCCCUAGAGAUAGAGACCAGCACUAAAACUUUAUGAUAAGCUGUAAGGAUUGGUCAGCAGUAAUGUGAGUGCAUGCUUGGCUCCUCUAUCCAGAUCCAAUCACUGAUACUUCCCUCUAACCGUUCGUAUCUUCUUCUCGGUUCUCCAACAGAUGGGAUUCUUCCGCCGGCGCUACAGAGAGAUCAUCGAGGCGGAGAAGAACAGGAAGGACAGUGAGGAAAGCUGGGACUGGAUGGAAAAGAACCACUGAGACCUGCACCGUGGGGUCCCGGAGGAGCCAAUGAGAUUAGGGAUUGGGUCGGGAAGGAUCCAAUAGCACGUGGUCUCGCAGCCCAGACGCCAAAGUGGCACCAGGCCCUUCAGUCUUCCAUAUGUGGAAGAGGAGAAUAUUCUCCAUAUUUUUUGGAGACUUGAUUGAUGUAUUAUUUUGUGGGUGGGGGUCCAGGAAACAGGCCUCUGAGGUGACAGCGUGGCUUGCCAGAGGACACUUGCUGUGGAAUUCAGCUAAUCUCAAAGGAGGGAACUCCCAGCCAGCCGAGCGGAGCCGUUGAUGGAGACCCACAUCCGUACGGGGAUGUGGAGACGGCAUGAAUACUGGUGGACAACAAAACCCUCAGGGCUGUGUUACAUAGCAGAUUUAUUUUUAUACAUACACUUUAAGCCAUAUAGUGUCAAACUGGGCUUCCAGGAGAGCUGAGGUUUUGAAGGCCAUUAUAAACAUACUGUAUCUACAGUAUGUUAUCCUAAAAGCACUGAUGUUUGAUAAGAAUGAAUGCCUUGGCUCCAUAGCCGUACUUUAAAUGCCAAAGAAAUGUCCUGUAUAGUAAAUGAUGGAGUCGUUUGUAUAUUCAGUUUUUCCUGGGAGUGAAAGAUUGUAUCUUUUCUUUACUAUUUCCAGCUAAGGGAUAUCUUUCCUACACAUCUGAACCCCGCUCUACCAAAGAUAAUCAGCCAGGGAUUACUCUGAGUUUAAGAUCCACAUAUUAGAUCAUUUGGAAUUGAUGCUGCAAGUCCUCCGAGUCCAGAAAAAAGGUGCUCUCUGGAGCAAAAACCACAUUUUUUUACAUUAAGCAUUCCUUUAGUCAUGAUCCGGCUCUUUUCUUUCAUAUUUGGUGUAACCUUUUGUUAGAUUUCAGCCCUAGUUACAUAAGCUUUUAAGAGGCGAUGUGUUGUAGAGGAAAUGAUCUGAAGCUGCUUUUGCAAGGAGCUAAUGCUCAGGUAUGCUGCUGACUUUUCAGAUACACCCCAGAAAAGCUUCAAGAUUCAACGGAUGAUGAUCAACUCUGACUCAAAUAUUACAGGAAAUAAUUCAGACAUGACACCUGAGCAUGAUUUAUGACGAAACCUUUCCAGACUUCACCUAUGCCGUGCCCAUAUUUAAUUUUACUGGGAUGUCAUUAGGCGUUGGGUUUUAGCGGGAAACAUGAUAUACGCUGCUCUCCACGGCCAGAUGAAAGUCAGCGAUGGGAGUCCACGUUCAGUCAUUUACAGGGGCCCGUGGAAUGAGUAAUGCCCUAAAAAUAGGUGGGAAUGUGCUGCACUCAAUCACUACACAUAAACCAGCUCUUUGGGGCUCCUGGGAAAAGCUCAUUUUAAGUCAACAUGGAGGAAUGUCAGCGCGGCAAAAAUCUGCCACUAUUAAAGUUCACAGCUUUAACAAGAAAGCUGGGCAAGAAAUUCAGCAGAAAAUAAUCACGAGUUUAAUAUCAGAUGUCCCGGAAGUAGUAAAACUUUCACUUUUGUAUACAUUGAAAGAGUUUUAUCACAAAUAAAUGCAAAAGUGAUGCUCCAUAUGGGCUUUGACGUCACUUAGGAGGUAAAUGUUUGCAUUAAGAUAAGUAUUCAGAAUGUAAAGAUGCUCCUCUGCACUCUAGAGGAUUUUGAGUUUAACCCAAAUGUGCAAUUCCCAAGAACAAAAACUAUUUCAGUGCAAAGACACUUUACGGCUCUCUUUGUUCGCUUUGCUCUCUAUCGUCCUGUCUGUUUCCUUUAUACACUUUAUUUUACCAUUUAAUUCCACUGGCAUGACUGCAUAUACUGUACACCCUCACGUCUUCCCUCUGCAUGCCUUAAAGCCGUGCAAACCUUCAUGCAGAGAAACCGACACUUGACAUUUUUUGGUAAAUUCUAACUGUGAUGGUUAUAUUUUGUUUGUCUGAUUGUUAAUCACACCGUUCUUUGGGGUUUUGUUCUGAGUAUACUACUGUCACUGAAUAUCAUUUCCAGUAUAGUGUGCUGUAUGUUUGAUGUUUAAAGUCAUGUUGGAGCUGUAUAUUUAUCUGGUGAUAAAUUUUAGGGUCAGAUUUCUUGGCUCGGUUUGUUUUCUGU